AGUUUGGUUUUAUCAUUGAGUGUAGUGGAGGACUGACUGCAGACUGGCUCCCUCUCCUCUCAUACUCGACCCAAGAACUCGACUUUGUCCCGUAAAGAUCCGCAGGUAAGCGCAAAAAACUUUUCACUAAACUCUUGUGACCCCUUACACUGCAUCAUGAAGAAACUUGACUGAUGCUAAGGCGAAUGCGUUUUAACAAUGGGAGAUGGUCACAUUUUGGGGGCUCUGUUCUGCGCAUGAGCUGCUCCUGCUGUUGCUGCUGAUACUUUUCAGGAUGUCUUGGCUUUGCGCCGCUCCCUCUUCUUCGCUCCGGCAGAUCAGUAAAAAGCAGAACAAACUCAUGAUUUCGAGCUCAGUGCGUCCAGCUUUGACGCAGACAUGUAGUGCUCAGUGAAACGCAGGAUUACACAAAGAAAAGCAUUUGUCCACUUCUGUAAAGCGCGCUCCCUCCUUCAGGGCGAAGGGGGGGUGUCCAAAAAAUCCCGUCUAGCUGUGUUUCCCAUCGCCUCAGCAGCCUACAUGACACUGACAAAUGCCUGGAACAACUUCCUUUUUCAGAUGAAAGUUCAGCAAAUAUCUUUGGUCUUGACCGUUCUUUCCACCCAAACCUAAAAGAAAAAGUUUUUGUCCCAAAAUGGAAAAAUGUGGAUAACCUGUUGGACUAUAGACAGAGGCUUUGUAUGGCUACCAGCUCACCAUAGCCAUCAUAGAAUGAUCAAAUGUGACCCUGAGAUCAUGCUGAGAUACAGAAGGCAUUUGCCCUCUGGAGUAUGAACUCUAAACACAUCCUGCAGACAAAGCCACAGGGCAGUUUUGCAAAAGGCAGGCCUGCGUUCACACCAGAAACCACCUCUCAUCCUAUCAAGGUAUCACAUUCUUUGCAAUCCUACAGCCCCUGAGGCAAAAGGCUCUCUUCAAUUUCAUUGUACUUGAGUUGGCCAGCGAGUCUUUUGAUCUCAGCCUUAUUACAUAGUAGUAUCUGUGAAGUGGAAGCAUAGAAAAUGGGAGCCUGUAGAGGGUGGGGAGCAUCAGAGAUCUUUCUUGGUUUCUACUCUUUCAGUGCUUUCAGGACUCAGACAGUAUGUUGACUGCUUGUGAAACUGUAUCCGAUAAGUUGUGAGGUGUUUGGAAAAUUAGCGGAGAAGCUCUUCCACUCCUUAUAUGGUGCAGGUCCAACCUGGUGACAGGUGACUGGAAUGGCCUCAGGAAUGCAGUACAUAACUGUUGUUUGUACAGCGGAUGCCAACUUUUUUUGUCGUGUUGAACUUAACUGCCUCUUCAUAGACUAAUGUGUUUGAGCAGUUUGUUGGAAACUUCCACCAUUAGAUUUUUUCAAUGUGUAACACUAAAUUUAGAUAUUAUAAUUCACCUUGUAUAACUUUAUGCUGUUACAGCCAACAGCUGCCAUUUUUAGCUCUCUAUAGGCCACAAAACUGUACAGCCAUUACUUUAAGCUACUUUCACAAAAUUCUUAUAGCUAAGCUAACACUUUUUAUGUGUGUUUAUGUGUUAUCAGCUUACGUUUUUGGCUUAUCACUUAAAACUAUCUAAACUAUGUUCAUGACAUGUAGACAGUCGUUUUAACCAUAGACUGUAUAUACUAUGGACAACUUGGUUCUGCCUUCAGCAAGUACACAGAUUUGAAGCCAAAAAGAACUCAGUAAUUGUGUGUUUUAUCUCCAUUUCCCGAAACCAACAUUGUGCAGUAGCAUUGUGCGCAUUCUGUGGGAGAGUCACCGAGAGUGGCUGUGAUGGCUCAGCUCAGGCAGCGUUUCCUCAGGUGAGCUACGCAAUCUUUGUACGCCCAUAGUCUGUAUCAAGUGUCAAUCAUAGAAAACAUGAACCCCCUAAAAUCUUUAAAAAACUGAGUUCUACAGAAAAAGAGGACUUGAGCACAAACCAGUCCUUCAGUACUACAUGGUAACAUCGGAUGCAGGGGGGAAAAAAGUUAUAUUCUGUGUAAUAAAUUUCUAAAGUUUGUCCACAACUCCAUAAGCUUUGCUGGCGGAGGCAGGAUUUAUGACCUAUACUGUAGCCCGUCACCAGAGGGUGCUGUUCUCAGAGUGGCUUCACCCAUCAAGGAGGCAGAUAGCGUCCAUUCUAUAUACAGCCUAUGGUUUUAACCCUAAUCAAACACUGUUUGUUAACUUGUUCUUGGCUUACUAUAAAUACUUGUUCUAAGGCUAACUAUUUGAAACUAUGUCUUACUUGAUAAAAAUGUCAACAUGUUUCAGUUUCUUGUAGCUUUAGUGACAGCUCUCUGACAGUUUAAGAUAAGUAUUUUAAAAGUAAGCUAAAAUAACUUGUUUAGGAAUUUGAGCCAACUUUUAAUUGUAUUUAAUGCUUUAAUUUAUUCUUUAAAACCAGUUAUUUUAGCUCAGGAAGCUGUCAGCCACCCUUCACAGCUAAACAGACUCUAUUUGUCUGCCUACAUAUCAGAACUUCGACCUGUAAAGACAGAGUAAUUAGCAGCAGAUUUCUUUGUCUAGCAUGUACCUUUUAAAGCUGUCAAACACCCACACAUAAGGAAGAACUUUGUAAUUUGUUCACAUUGUACAGCCUACCGUUUGCUGGUUAGGGGUGCAAAAAUUAUUUCUGUUUAAAAAAUACAUUUGUUUUUUUUUUAGUCUCUGCCAAUAUGAAUUUUUUUUGGAAACGAUUCAUAGAGCUUUACAGAAUUCAGAACUUUCGUAACAUAUCAAACCCAAUGCACAGGAGUUUUCAGCCGCACUUGUGACUGACUGCAAAUGACUUUGUGUAACUCUGGAGAUUUAAUAUGUCUUAGCAUGUUUAUCAAAUCCAGUCAUAAUAUAUACUGCACUCAAUUUAACUAUGCUUUAGCUACUCCAUGUAUAUAAGCACCCCAUAGCAAUGGCAAAUGUAUUUCCUGGGAUCCAAGCAUCCCUGUUGGGGAUCACUGCCUUUUUGUUUUCAAGUUUUUGCAUGCAUACUCACACACACACAUACUCUGGAGGAGGUAUAUCAGGCCAAAACCCACACAGAAUACUGCAGGCUUUACAUUAAAAUGCAUGUAGUGCUUUGUUGUGUGCUUAGAGGGGGAUUUUAUAACUGGCACAGUAUGAUAUGGGUGCAGAAGAAUCUGGAGGUAAUUGCACAGAGUGAUAACAGGGGUUUGGCAGUGUGGGGCGAGAGCCAGGGCCAGGGUUAGGGCUGGGCUGGCAGGAUGCAGGGAACACUGCCAUGCAUUUCCGGAGUCUGGCUCUGGACUGCACAGUGUGGUGAGGGCUUCUAGUUACUGUACCCCGGCUCACUCAUUCUCUUCGGUCUCUAAUGCACAUGAUUAAAGCUAAAUUUUGGGUACGGUAAUUAUUUUGCUGCAUUCUCAUCACAAUCAACAUUUGCUAAAGCAUGAGCACUCAUGAGUCUGUCUGCGGACAGUUAUGUGUUAAAAUGCAUCCAGCAAAUGUGGUUGCUUUGUCAUAGUUUUGAUCCAAGAUACUCAUAAUCAACCACAGUAUCAGUUUCCAAAGCAGGAAUCCAGAGUUUCCUUGCAAGGCAAUAGUUUCUUACCACCACUGAGCAAAGGCAGCCAACUGAGUGGCAAACUGAAUUUGAAUCGAAUGGAAACCUGGCAGAGGCAUUCCUCUAACACAAAUGAUCUGGCCAUUCUGUUCAUUUUGAAAUAGAUGUUUACCUAUACUGUGUUCCAUGUUGGGGUUUUCCAAAUGCGGUUCAGUUUCCAGUGAUCACAUGCUAUCACGUUCGUCCAAACAUACAUUGUUUCUGCUCAACAGGUGCCAGAGCUAUUUUCUGGUUUCUUCUCAUAACAGACCAGUGAAACUAUGUCAAGCAUGUUUCCUGUAGUCUUGUCUGUUUGUCCCUUUGCUUAAUUUUAUGCAGAUUUGUUUAUUUCAAGAAUUUGUUUCUUUUAUAGAGACAUAAAUUCUUCUAAGUCUGCUAAACCACAGGCCAAAAUGAGCUCUGUCUGUUUUAUAAAUGGUGUCUUUGUCAUCAGCGUUCACUGGAUGCCUCGAGUAAAGUCAGCGCAGGCUUUAGGUUUGUGUCUUCUGGACGACAACGAGAAUGGGACAGGGUUCAGCUCAUUUGAGGUGAUUGUGAUUGACGUGCAGCUAGCGCUCAUGGGACUCAGGCUCUGGAUGGGAGCCCUGCAGUGUACUCGCUCUGUUCCCCCAUGCCUUUGAAUUUGAUAGCAUGUAAUUUGAAUGCAGUGCAUCCAGAACCGCACACUAAGUUGUAUAAUAUGGUGAGCUUGGAUAGACGGGCAGAUCUUGAGUUGGAAAUGGAUUCUUAACUUUUUCACAAAGUAAAGAUGGUUGGAAAGUAAAAUAAAAUGAAGUGGUGGCAAAUUUUACACAAUUGUAUAAAAACUUUGGAUUGUGGAGCAGAGAGAGUAUUGGAGGGACAUAUAAUUUAAUCCUUUUAAUAGCAUAGACAUAAAAUCAAAGUUUGUUUUCACCAAAAAUCCCACCAAAUUUUCUGAUAACCCUCCUGAUACUGGCUUUAAAGUAGGUUUUACUUUUGUACAUUUUCCAUGGAAAUGAAACACUCCCAUCAGAACUUUUGGUUUGUGUCAAUUUUGGCGCCCCCAUGUGGACAAAGCAGUCUUUUUCUAACUUUUUCAGAAGACAGUACUUAAGCACGUAGAGGAAAAAACAAAAAAAUCCCAUCCUGGCACCAUUUGACAGUCAGACGUAUUAUUUAUUGGGAACAUUUGAUGUGGGAUUGUAAAAACAGAGCUGUUUCUUCAUCUGCCAGGUUCUCACCUUCCCCCUCACGCCAGUUUCAGGCAUUGAAAAUAAUAUAAAAAUUGUCUGUCUUGAUGUUCUUGCUUGCUUUUGGAUAUCACAAAAAGGCAUCAAUGUGAAAUUUAGUCUAUUUUGCGAAGAUCAAAAAAGUUCUUGUUGGAGCUUGAAUGCAUGAACACAUCAUAAUAAUCCAUAAAACAGUUAUGCAACUCUUCAGUUAUCAUCAAGACUUUGUGAUUAUUAUGGGCCUUAAAGGAUUAAUAUUAGUGGUCGAGUCUAAGCGAUACCACACACACAUUUCAGCAACAAUGUUUUGAGGCCCCAGGGUGCUAGUCAUUAUAUUAGAAAUGCUGACUCAGCCUUAUGUUUCCCAAACUGGACUGACAAAGCAAAAGUGGGCCUGAAGCCCCCUGGUAAACUGCCACAGCACACCCACCUGUCAGUCAAAUCAGCCAAGCCUCUAGAUUUUUAAUUUUGAAAACUCUUCUUGUCCCUGUUUUAAUCAAAGUCGAUGAGUUAUCAUUUUGCCACACCCUGUAAAGUCUGUAAGAAUGAAGAAAUGAGCUGUUUGACCUCAGCAGUUGUUUGAGCCGGGCUGUACAAAUGUUAAAUUGUGCACUAAAAUGGGGAUUGGCUGUUAGGCAAUCGUGGGUGUUGCUAAGGAUUCCUUUUUCUUUUUUGGACCCAGCCUCAAGUGGACACUUGAGGAACUGCAAUAUUUUACACUUGGGCAUUGGCUUUGUCUUUUAACACUGGAACUUGAAGCUUCCUGUCAUCUAUGAUUUAAAAAGCAAAUGAUCUUGUCAUUUCAAAUUUAAUGACCAGAUGAAUUGAUCAAAGAUUUCCACUUUUUUCUGAUUCUGUAUCCAGUAUCCAGGUGCAAGUCAGACAGACACCAAACACAGACAAGCAGAUGUCAAUAAAAAGAUGAUGUGCCUCUGAAACACAGUCUUAAGAAAUGUUGAAAAGUAAUAAAAAGUUAAAUUUGAUCUCAUAUUCAUGUGGUUGAUUAGGGAGACUCUCAGCUCUGAUAGCACAUCUAAUUUUACUAUUUUCAGACAAAUUUCCCCAGGCUGUGAACUUAAAAAACUUCCUCAUUAUACAGCCAAGCUGACAUGGAAAAGUUCUGUAGGAGAAUACCCAUGGUGCUCUUGGUAUGUUCUCGCAUUUGUUCACUGCACAGUUAGACCCCGGUCGUCUCUUGGGUGACGGAGAAUGCUUACUCCUAAUUUUUCCACCUCUUCCAGACAGCUUUUUCUCCAUGGCUCGUAACAGAUUCAAAAUAAAUAUUUGAAUCGAACCCGACUGAAUUUUCCUCAAUCCACAGAUUCACUCCAGUAUAUGUAGAUGGAUGAGGGAUUGGAUGGUGAACCUCACUCCCAGGAUUUGCAUUGUUACUUCCUUUCUUCCUGACAUUGAUUCUCCUGGCUGCAGUGGUCAUGUGGGCAUGAAAGACCUGCGUUUGAAUUCCUCAGGGCUUUAGUCACACUCUGAUGAAGACGGUUUGUUAGAUCAGCCUCUCACUCGUGUCUUUUUCUGACUUUAAAGUGCUAUCAUUCAAGGCCAGAUUGCCUAAUAAGCAGCAUGGCAUGUCGGUGUUGGUAAUUGGCAUACUGGCCCACCAUCUGCUCAUAUCCAGAUGCAUGGAACUGCCAGAAGUUUCAAAGCUAUAAAAAAGGACUUUUGUAUUCUUUUCCUUUAUUAAACCGUUUGCUGUUUCAGCGGGUGAUGAUUUAAUUCAGAAGGCAGCUUCGCUUUAUGUCUUAAAUGGUAAAACCUCCUCUCAUAGCCACGUGAUCUACAUUUCUCAGGGUUUUUGUCGAUGAUUGAUUGUGCGAGAGUGAGGUCAGUGCUCCUAAGCAGCGCUUCUGAUGUCAUCCCACAAAGAUGCAUGUUCUCCCCUCUGUUUCCCCCAAAGCGGGUUAUUCGGAGAAGCGUACAACAUUGUUAAGAGGGACAUUUAGCCUUUGGGCUUCUUCUUCAUCUGAUAAAACAAGCACAGGAAAUGUCUCUGUUAGCUGAUUGGCCUUGUGUUUUCCUUUCGUGUCCCCCCACUGGGACCUCAGACGUGCACAGUGUGUCCCUGUGGCAGAGAAAACCACCUUACUUGUCUCUCUCCUAACUGCUACAUUAACUUUUUCUGUCCCCCUCUCUUUUCCAUUAACACCAAUCUACUCUGCCUCAGACCUUUUCUCCCAAAAAGAAAUGAUUGCUAUAAUGUUGUUCUCACUUCACCUUACUUCUUCUCUUUGCCAACUUUCCAUUCUUUCCCCCUGUCCUCUCCUCACCUCCCUUCUCCUCCUUCUCCUAUUUGCUUCUCUCUGCCUCUCUCUCCCUCCCAUAGUGUCCCAAAGCUAAACAAAUAUGGCUAAUCAAGAGCCUGUCAAAUCACUUUUUAAAGUCCCAUAUUCGCGGGUAAUGGGGAAUUAAGGGAACACGGAGGUAAUACAGUGAUGUAAAUCCCAGCGGCGUGUGUGAAAAAUACCAUUGAGUGUAAACACAUGACCAGUGAGGUCAUGUGUUUACACAGUGAGCGAGGUUAACCACUCUAUGAAUUGCAUAGGGGAAACAGACAGGGCAGUGUGCAGGUCAGUAAGCCCCCUGGAUUUAUGCCGGUGGUUAUAGAGGUGCAAUGUGUGUUGAAGUGUGCAUGGCAAAUGUGAAGGACAGCUUGGAGAGUCCAGAUUGGACGCCUGCCAUCAAGGGAGUGAGAACUGGCAGGGGAGAGAUGGGGCUCGUAUGUGGUAAUGAUGGAAGUGAGGACUUACCUCAUACACAUAAAACAAUCACUGUGUCCUUACAUGGCUAUUCACAUGAGUCAGAACUUCACUGUAAUUCUCUUUCAUUCUCUGGAAGACCAUCAAAGUCCAGAACUAUUUUAUUCUAACCAAGUUAGGACCAAGAGUAUUCGAACAUUUAUUUCAGAUCUGUUGUAAAAUCAAAGAAGAAUGUGUUGUAAUCCUACUGAAACUAACAAGGAUUUCUGUCAAGUAAUCUCCAAUUUUUUCAUGAAAUUGUCUCUACAAAGUUAGUUCCACCAAUCAGAGGUCUUUUUAGUGGUUUUGGGGCAACAGAUUGAAGAUUGGGAGCAUGAAGUUUCCAUUUUCACUGUACAAACAGACAAAAAUAUCAGCCUCUGCAGGAGCUGAAGUUUAGUAGUUAGGUUCUGUACCCACUGAAAACACCCUUGUAUGGUUUAAAUGGGCAAACACGUGAGCCGGGACCCUAGCCCAUGUGUUUGCCCCUCUGGUUAAAGACGGCUCUUAAUAGGCUGCAUUCUUGGUCAGUAAUGGUAAUGUAAAUGUAGCCCACUUGGGACCAACAGAGUAUGCAUGUUCUUGUCUAAUUGACCAUAUUCCUAUGGCUGCCAGCUUCUUGUGAUGUCAGGAUGGGAAACUCCUAAACAUAAUUGUUGACUAGGAAGUGUCUAAACGCUAACAUUAGCUGUACUCAGAUGUUAGUUCAUGUGCUGCAGGAUGUUUUCCACUUAAAAUAUGUCUGAACCGCUCUUCUCAUUCUCUUUGUGCUGCUUGUGAAUCGAAGGGCUGUAGAUGACCAAAGUUAGUCCAACUAUCAAUGUUUAUACGACUUACAGCCUGAAACACAGUGGUAAUACAUUCUAAAAGAUAUUAGAGCUUUUCAUCCCUGAUGUUAUAUGAAGAUGAAAAUAUAGAUUACUGGGAAGCUGAUUUCUUCUCCUAACACUCAGCCUGAUGUAAUCUACUGGAAUUCAUAUAUGGGCCCCAAAUACCAACCCACUUAAAAAUCCAGACUUUGCCAUCCCUAUGCCAUGUUGAAUCCCACUUCGACCCACUUGAGUCCCAGUUGGAUGUUUUUCACUUUUGGCACCAAACAGGUAAUUUCCACAAGGUUUGUCAGUAAUUUUGAAACUUUAUAAGCUGUUGUAUCCAAGGAUGACAAUGAUUACAGUAGUAAUAGUAAAGCUCACUUAAGCUUAGCCUUUUUUACACUCAUGUUUGACUACAAAACAAAAAGUUGGUAUCUGUACUGGCAUCGACUAUCAGGAGCAAGUUAGGAUUGGUUGUUGGUAAUUAUGAACAUCAUGCAUCCUUACUUUAAUUUAAAUCUUUCUCAAUUUGGUUUGUGAAGUCAACCCCUCCACGUGUGCCUCAUAGCAGGGCACAUUGUUUGAAAUGGUCCACAUCCAUCUUUCUCACCCGAAUAAGCCAGUCAGGCAGCAGCACAGUCUGAGGUCUGUGUCGAGGCUGCAGUCAGGAGCAGCGGUAAUUGUUUAAGAGUGCAUUUAUAGAGUGUACUCUUUGUGCCUCCUAAUCAGAAGCAUACUCCGGCAUUUACAUAUGAGCCUCGGAGGAUUGCUCAGGAAUGCAUUACAGGCGAGGCGGGAGGACCGGAGAGUAAGAAAGCCGGCUCUGAUGGGCUUCUCCGCCGUUGCCGUUUCUUUCCACUUCACAUGUCACUGCGCUGUUAGCAGGGGGGGUCGAAGAAGUGGGGGGUUGAAAGUGAUUAAGGCUGAAGAUCAAAAGCGUAGACGGGCUGGUCCUCCCUCAACACCAGUAACAAAUGUAAGGUAUGUGUCAUCUAUUGUGGCCUACUGCCUCUUUGAGACAUGGAUCCCAAUGAAACCCAACGCUGUCUUCUGCCUAUUGCAGAGCUUUAUAGUAGAUCUGAUCUCCUUUGGUGGAUUCAUUUCUUUAUGCAUUUGGUAAUUUGUCAAUUUUUCUCUUUGUUCACUAACUUAGGUCUGGCAAAAGGACAAAGAGAACAAAAAUAUGGCUUCGGAAACCCAUUUUAAUCAGACAGUGCUCUGCAGGGACAGAGGCUGGCAUAGAGGAGCUUUUUACCUCAUCAGAGCUCUGCCAGUGGUGAUUGGGAGAAACACUCAGUCAGGUUUUUAUUGAAUAACCCCGGCUCUGCGCUGGAGGGGCUUUACUGUAAUAGAGCAGCUCUACAGCCGCCGAGGUGACAGCCAAAUGGUACUUAUUAAAGUAAGGGAUGAUUCAUACUGUAUGCCCUGCUGCAGUUUAACCUUGUUGAGGGCUUAUAGUUUGGCUUUAGUGCUCAAGUCCAGUCAAAUUUUUUAUGUCUGAGAUACAUAUGUGUGUGAUUAUCCUCUGAUCAGACAGCAAGUUCACAAAUUUCCUACAUAAAAGAACACACAUGAACAUAAUUAUUUAAUACUGACAUCAAUUUUAUUCUUGUUUCAGUUUAAGCCUUAAUAUCCACAUGGAUUAGUAUACGUGGCGUAGUCUAAACUAAGGCUUUCCCAGUAAUGAGACAGAGCUAUUGGUACGGUCAUCUUUGCUUAUUUACCCAGCACACAGCUCCCUGCACCAAUUGGGCAUGACGUCUAAUGGAGUGUGAGUGUGGAUUAAUUACCCCCUUAUUUAGACUAAUGGCUCCUUCCCUUCUGAUUAAUGAUGACACAUGUCACACGGAGGAAGGCACAGCUGAGACAUAAAACCAGUUCAGGCAAAAAUGAAACAUCUUCCAGCUGAAUAUUACAUGGUUCACUCUGAAAAGCCUUUUUCAAGUCAGCGUGACAAACAUGCAUUUGCUGUACCUUCUAUUUAACCUUAAAUGUACUGGGCAUUUCUUUCCAUCAUUCAUGUUAGAACCAAACCCUAGUCUGUUGAAUGAUAUUUUUUUGACCUAUCCAUUUACAAUAGCUUCCACCCAAACAGUCCUUCCUUCUUUUCACACUACAUCAAUUUAUCUCACAGGCAUAAAACCUGGAGCACAGUGUCCCAACAUGACGCAUGGCGGGCACCUCAAGUGUCACACUCUGACGUGUUAGGCCACCGUCCAAGUUGCUUUACUGACAACUGCAUAGGAAAUGAAUGGGCUGCUAUAUGUCAAAUUCUUCUAAGUCAAAGGCCAGCAUGCCUGCUAUAAGGUGCAGCUCAUUUAUGGUCAGGCUCCAUUUACUAAAAUUCUGGUUGUUGCUGUAAGAGUAGAGACAGCAUUAGCUUGGGAUUAAGGAUAGAGAUGGUCAGUUUCUAUUGAUACUUAUACCACUCUCGAGCUGAAUUGUAGAGGGCUGGAGGUUGAAAUCAAACCCAGGCUGCCUGCCUAAAGGACAUGGGGGACAUAAUAUAACAGCUUAGCCAAACCAUUGUGUAUGUGAUCCCUGAUAACGUGUUAACAGAGUUGUGAUCCCUGAUAACAAUGUGUUAACAGAGCUGUUAUUGACUUGGUUUAUCAAAUAGUCUGUGAGCCUUGAACACAUCAUACUAUAGCCCAAUGUCAGUGAGUUAACUAACUGGCUUUUCAACAUUGAGGCACUAUUCUAAUGGGACUCACUUCAACGUUUGGGUGCCCUAAUCAUUCCCUUUAACCGAUGAAGUGGAAGAUGACUGUCCAACAGCAGCAGCAGCCUGAGUUAAAAAUCCUUUUUUUCAUCCAUAAGACAGUGGAAAGGUACAAAAUUUUGGUUAAAUGUGAUGCACAACACAUGCAUGCGUCACUGUAGAGGUCAGAGGCUGCCAUAUUGGGAGGGAAAUUGGUUAAAACCCCAGGCCAGUAGGGGGCACCUGACAGCUGACAAACUUUAAACCCAAACAGUGGAUCAAAUUUACAAAGUUUACUGUUUUGGGGGGAAACCUUGCUGAGAAGGUCCCAGAUGGCAGCACCCACUGUAAUUGUCUUGUGGAUCAUUUUGUGGGCAUUGUUCCCACGCCCAAGUUUCUCUGUGUAAAUCACUCAAUAAUAAAUUGAGAGGAAUUAACCAUUUAUGAGCGAGAAACAAAACAGCAAAAAAAAAGAGAGGAAAAGGACAGCAAGACCAUGAUUAGCAGACCAGAUAAUGUUUGUAACUGGAUAGUCAAAACAUUGUGAUACUAGUCUAGUCUGUGCGGAUGGCAUAGUGGGGUUUGUUCUUUGACAUACAGGGCUCUAUUUUGGUGCCUCGCCGGAGACCUGCCGCAAACGCAGCGUCAGUCAGAUCCGCCGCGCUGACAAGGCGUUCCCAAGCACAUUUUGGUAUUUUGGUGAGCCGCGCAGCCCGGCGUAAGUAUCCCCCUUCCCUAACUCAGCUCCUCCCAGCACCAUAAGUCGUAAACGGGGAGGAGAAAGGGCGGUUAGUGGGUUUAACACAGCCGAGACCUGUUUUCACCAAUCACAUAGGCUCCUCUCCUUGCCUUUAAAUCCGCCACAGGCGAGGCGUAUUACUAUUUUCAUGAAGUAGUCAAAGCGAUCAAGAGAUGUCUUAAGACAGUAAUGCCACAAGAUGGCGACAGAGGGCAGCUCCUCAACAAGUGUCCUCCACACUCUCUCAUAUGAGCACAGAUGGAUUUAGUGUGCGUAAUGUUGGACCCAGUGGUAAGACAAACACCCUUUUCCACAAAUAAAGACACUCACAUAAAGUUGCUCAUAUUCAAACCUCACGUGACAAAGGUGGGUUGAGCGCACAGAUCACAACAUAAACUCCAAAAAUGGCAUUAAAAUCGGAACCAUCUGUGCGUAAAUGACGCAUCGCGCACCGUGGCCUGGCUCUUUCUUUCAUAGAUGUUGGCAUAUAAAAUAAAUUUGCCUCACAAAACUGAAUAUUAUAAUAUCCGUAUGUCGGCUUAAAGUAGAUCACGCAUCUGAGCACUGAAACAAAUCAUCUGUUCAGCUGCAGCAGCAGCAAGACGGACAGAGGGCACGGAGACGUGUCCAGGUCGAGCUGUGCGAGAAAUAAGAGGAGGAGGAAGAAAGAAAAGGAGGGAGACGAAUUACAUAUCUUGUUAACUUCAUCAUGUGUGAAUAUUUACUAGAUAUUUAAUUUAAUUUGAUGCGGUUUCAGCUGUAUUGAUUCGGUCAGGUUGUGUGUCCAAACGCGUGCCAAACGCGCUCAUCAGAUCAGAUAUAGAUCAGAAUAUAUCUAUAUAGAUCCAAAUGUAUGUGCUGACUCAGAUUAAUAGUUGAUGAUGAUUAUUUAUUGCACUGAAAUGUGCCUGACACUGUGGAAACCUGCCGGUGAGGCAUCAGUGACGUAUGUCAAUACGCCGCCGGUCUACCAAAAUACUACUAGACCAGCUGCGUUCCGCCUUGCGCUGAAAGCUGACCAGGUUUGAAUCGGCGAGCUUUCAGCGAACUUUACACGCCGGUGGCGAGCACGAAAAUGUCACUGCGCCUGCUGAUUCUGUCGACACCUCCCCCUGCCACACCACCACGCCCAGCUUGGCGGAUCUCGGCUCGCCUCCGUGCGGCUCAUGCCAUGAAAAUACCAAAUUGGCCUUACGCUGGGCUCCGCCAGACGAAAAUACAACUGCGCGGGGCUCGCCGCCCUCCGCCGCCUCACCGGCGCGCACGAAAAUAGAGCCCACAAUGUUAGUUACCUUUUAGAAGAUCAGCCUCAGGUCCAGCUUAUGCCACAAGGGGUCUACUGUGAAUGCUUGACUAGUGUUCCAACGGACUCUGAAAUUCCCAUUGGUAGAGGUUGUUUCCACACUUGCAAGACUUCAUUAUGCAGUUGUCUAAUUCCUGUCGGCUCACAAUUCCUACACAUUUAAAAACUUCAUUACACAAUCCAUGUAUGUUUGUGAACCAGUGAUUUGAUUAAAAUAAACUGAUUGAACUCAAGACAGAUUGUUCUGCCAUUGGACCAAUAAGACAUAUCAACAGAAUCAGUUGGAUCAUGGAUUUGCAGGUUUUGAGAGUGUAGAUUCAGGUCCUUGAUUGCGCCGUGUUUUAAUCUCUACACUCUGUGCUGGACUUGUUUUAUUUUAAGAAGAGUAGUGAUUUAAGGGUGAUUGUAGAUGGUUCAGUACAUCAUAUGUUGCAGAAGGUAUUAAUGGGGCAAAGUGCAUAAUAGGAUGGGGUAGCCUGUCUGGCUGGCCUCAUUAAACCUGCCUUAAUGAGAAACAAAACACCCAGAAGUCUCUUCUAGAACAAUGGGUUCUUGUUAUCAAAGCGUCUGCGUCGCACGUAUGAUGGAGCCUGGCUUGCGUCCCGGCAGAUUUUUCAUGAGGUUCAGUGUGCCUGACUCGAGCCCUGAGCCCCUCAGUGCCACUCACGUCUGUGACAGCCACCUGGGAGACCACCUUGGAAAAUGGGCCCCUAUUAGUUCAGGUUAGACUUAAUGACUGGUAAUGGUACACCAGCCAAGCCAAACUGUGCAAAAGGGCUCCGGGCAGGCCGAAAUGAAAUACCAGUCACUCAAGCUCUGAACAUAAACACAAGGUGGGUGGUGGCUGGGGGUGAAUAGGUAUGUCUGAAGGUGUGUAUAUGCGGGGGCUCAGAUGUGCAUCUACCAAUGUGUUUGAGAGUGGAGUCAGCCCAGAUGGAGGAGACAAUCUUUGAGCAUGAGGAGAUGGGUAAACCCCAAUGGACAGAUUAGUGGCGCUGGGAUACAGCUGUGGUUUUGGAUUAAUUCCCCUUUAGCUUUGCUGCUUUGUGAACCAAAUCUUAUUUCUAGUUUUGCCAUUGGCUAAAUUAAGCUUACAGCAACUUCAACAGAGCAACCAGAGAAGCCUCCUUAGAGCACUACUCAAUUAUUUACAAUUUCAUGGCUGUCUGAGAAAUGUGUUAUUCCAAUAAAUUUUGGAAUUAGGAAGCUUAAGUACCGCACGUAUAUUAACCUCUAAAGCUGAAUUUUAUCCUCAAUUUAGUGGUAAAUGCCACAUCAUGCUAAUAGCAUUCAAUGAUGAUUGCGUCUUCCAUGGUCUAAAUAGUUUCUGGUCUCAAAUUAGCAUCAGGCAUUAAAAGUAAGAAACUCCACCAUUAAAAAUGCAACAAAAUGAGCAAUCAGCCGCUGAAUGAAAUUACUUUUAACUCCCUAGGAGAACGAGCAGCAGAGCUCCCGGCAAGUCUGCAAAAGACACACUUAGCAACAUAGUGUAGUCUUCAAUGAAAGAGACAGAGGAAGAGACGGAGCUUUGUUAUGUCUCAUGAAGCUCUAGGGUUUCCUGGAAUUUCUGGCAAUGGAUUCCAAAGUCACAUAACCGCAGAAAUAGAGGAGGAAUAGAGAUGGACAGGGGGUAACUCUCCUGAAAGAUGCAGUUCAAGACGUUCGUCUACCACCAGCUGCACUCCCUCUGUUUACUGCAGAUAUGAAGAUCUUCAGUGUUUGCACUGGUGCUAACCUCUGCCUCUGGACUGACAGAAACAAUGAACACAGUACAAACACACCUGCAGACGCUGCAGAGUAUUAAGUGACACGCAUUACCCACUGUACGACUGCAGUUUCAGGACCCUGCUUUGGACCUUUCACCUCAAGGGUCGGACCAUAGUCGUGUCCCCGUCCAAACUGGCUGGCUACCUUUCUAAUAAUCACAGCCAGCACAGCACUUCAAGAAAAUAAGAUCUGGUAAAGCUAGUGAACUUUAGCCCCAUGGAGCCCAGGAAGGAUUAGAGGUAUGAGGAGAGAGGAAUGUGUUCUUUGGAAGGAGAGGUGAUCUCUCUGUCACGUUAAGAAUGUGCAUCUGCUGAUUCAAACCCAACGCUAAGGCUUUAAUAUCUUGUAAUCUGAAACUGGAGACCACUGACAGAGAAAAAAAGUAACACCAUGGUAUGAUAUUUUAUCUCGAUGUGAAUGGAGGGCUCCACAUCUCUGGGCCCUGGAAUCAUAUCUGUCAACCAGCAGAAGUGGACAGGGAAUAGGAAACCACCGAGGUGCUGACUUCUGCAGUUCUUUGUCAAAGCUUCACAAUACCUUUUCUUAUAACUAUAGGAUUGUUUUCCUCAUGGCUCACACUGUACAUUUAAUACGUACCAGAUGUCAAGUUGCAUCAUGAGAGUGGGACUUCAGAGUCUUCAAGUGUUGAUCAAAACUCUGAAAAACACCAAAGGUUGUAUUGAGUUUUCUGUUAUUUUUAAUUACCAAUUUUUGCAAAUUUUGGGUGGCAGUAAAUCAAUUCAAAUGUAAGAUGCACAUAAAAGACAAAUUACAAAGAGGCAGCCAUACAAAAACAAUAAAAACGUACAUUGUUGUUUGAGUGGAUUAGCUGGUAGAGGUGCUAGCUUACCAAUAAUUGUGACCAAUGUUGAGAAGCAUUGAAAAAGAAAAAAACACUUACUGAUACAGAGAAUGCAAAAAAGGCCAAAAACUAGUUUGAAAACCUUUGGAAAGGAAGAAAAAAUCAUUGUGUUUGGCAAAAAAAAGUAAAGCUGCCUCUGUAGUUGGUGGAGACCAAAGCUGGAGCAAAGCAUAACCAGCACAGGUAUUAGUGCUGUCAGUCUUUCGGAAAAUCAACUUGGAACGAAUCAACAUUAUGUGCAGAUGUUCUGAUUUUACAGUAGUGAUGGCCUUUAUCUGAGCCUCUGGUAAAGGACCUGCUGUUAGAAAGGCAGUCAUACGGGGCUAAACACUUAUCAUCGCACUGCUCAAUAAUGGUGCCUCCUCCUCUGUUACUGUUGCUAUUGAGUAAGAAAGCUGCUAUCCUUUGUCUUCUAUUUUUCUAUCUACAGUGGAGGACCCCAAAUACUCCUACACAGAAUAACAUGACUGUUUUGGUUUACUGAGGUCAAGAGUUCAUGGGUUGGUCAGAUUACGAUGAGAACGCCCUCUGCUGGAUCAUACAGAAAGCUACUCCAGGUGGCCUACAACGCUGAAAUAUCGUAUUAUCAGGAGUCCAAACGGCUCAUUUAAGUUAAAAUAUGAACUUUUCCCCUUGACUAAAAAUGAAGUUAACCUGCAGGGAGGACUUAGACUAGUAAUGCUAGCUCUGCUAAUGUUAGGCACACAGAGCAAACCAAUUUGAGAUAUUAAACCCACAGACUUUUAAUUUAAAUUUACAUGUAAAUGUUAAGGAACUUUGUCGCAUUGUCACAUACGUUCUCUGGAACUGCUACAUGCCUGACAGCAUUAAAACUUUUGAAAGAUGAUCUUGUAUAUAAGUUAUUAUGUCUACAUGCAGCUCAAAAAACAAUUGAAACAACAUAACAAAUAUCCAUAAAUGCUUCUAAAGGAUACUCUAACAAAUGUUAGAGGAAUGUGAACACAACUGUAUUAUAAGAGUGACAGACACGGGUGUGAAAUGCACCCGAGAAAUACCCAUUUAUCAAAUGUUGGCUGGGUUUACUGACUGGAGACAAAUUUUAGUUCCCACACCUGGCUGAGGCAUCCAAGCACAUCCACUCUUAAACGGCCUGGACCCACAUCAGCUCACUGUGAUUAUGUCAGGGCCGCAUGGAGACCUAGGGUAGAGAGAGAGAGUCAUGAGAUUAAAACAAAACAUCCCAGGCUGUCUGCACUAAAAAGCCCUCGGUUAUCCUCCUGUUUCUGACUUGUCUCAUUCCCUGAAGAAACCUUUAGCUUUCCCUCAGUUAUACUGAACCGAACACACUUUCAGGGGAUCACUCCAAUACCCCUCAUCCACUGUGAGUAAUAGACCCUCUCGGUUAGGCCAUCUCACUUGCCUGCCUACCCCACCCACAACCUACCCGCUCCUUAAUCUUCCCCUAUCUCUCUCCAGGAAUGCAGGCCCUUAUUUUGAAAAAUACCUUGUCAUGUAAUACCCUUGAAAAGCCGAGCAGCUCUCUUCAAAAAAUUGGCAUUCCGCUGUGUGAUUUACUGACUUGUGUGUAAAACAAGGCAAGAAAGAUAAAGAUUUAUGACAUUUUGGAGUGAUUUGGAUAAAUGUCCUCUGUGAAAGUGAUUUUCUUUUUGUUUUCCUGAUAGGCUUAUGUUGCAUGUGCAGAAAAAGCCAAACUUUUUUCAGGGUUUGCACUCAGCUGUCGGGCUUUCAGCUUUCUCAGUAUGUGGGGGCAUUGCAUCAUGCUUUUUAGCCUCACGCUAACCUCAUGUAUGUUUCCAUGUAAGGUAUGAAGGGAAGACGUCCUCUCUCGGUGUGGUUCGAGCCAGCCACAUAAAUCACUCUGCAGUUUAUACAUUUUUUUUUUCACCCUUCCGAUUUUCUCUCCUUCUUUCACCAAAGUGUAAUUUCUCUCCGGCCACGCUGAGCCACACGUCCACCCCCACCAAAGCAUGGCUUUUAUAGGCAGCGUGUCACAAAUGUUCAGCAGAUCCAUUUUCCUUCUAUUGCUCGGCCGUAGAGAAACACAUCAGGAACCUCUCAAGCUUUAUGAGAAAUACAUUUUUAUGUUCCACUUAAUGAUUCCAGCAUGUCAUGUUAUUGCCCGUGUACAAGGCUGCGGGCUGCCGUGGACUGUGCGAGACACAUAUACUUGUGUAUUUUAGUCAUUCAGCUUUGUUGCAUAUCCAAUCUGACUUAUAACUUAUUAGGAGAGUUCAAGAUCUUGCUCGAGGGCCUCUCAUCCAGACUCACUGGCUUUCUAAAGUUAACAGAUUUUGAAGUUUCUAUCUAUAUGGGUUGAACUCCUCCUCAUUAGGCUCGAAGGAAGCACAGCAGAGGUCACUCUGUCCUGAUUUUACUCUUCUUACUUUAAUUCUGCUUUAUGAUUAUCAUCUGGAUCAACUGCUCUCUAUCUGGUGUCAGCAGUAGCAGUGCUUGGACUAAAUUCCAUCAUAUAUCAGCCCUCAGUCUCUCUGGUCAGCUCGCUACCAGUAGAUUAAUGUCCUGUUGAAGACACGCAGACUCCUGCUCGAGCCUCAUUUACUCUGACAGAAGGCAGGUGUCAAGACAGGCUUUCCUGAAGGAACAAGAAGAGGCUGCUUUUCCCUCGGACACGAGAGAAGGAUGAGGGAAGGUUUUAUGACAAGUCAAAUGUUCUUUACAUUUCUGACCAAAUACUAUUUGUUGCUUGAGAUACAAACCAUUUGUGCAAAAGGGUUUCCAAGAUCCCAUGCUUCAGAUGCUUUUAAGAGUAUUAUUUUUUCUCUGCACCCAGCUCACCAUCACCUUAUUUGCUUUGGCUCGGUUCAGCGUCUGUCUGUCAUUAAUUAUUUACAAUUUAAUAGACUAAAGAGUUGGCACGGAGUCCUCUAAGGUAGUGAGAGAUGAUGUUGUCCUUUGGUACAUGAUCACUCUAGUUUGUUAUGACAGGAAAAUGAUGUGGAAAAAUUGCAUUGCUUUAUUCAUCAGUCAUGGUUUGUUUGAUUCGGUUUAAACCGAUUGUAGUGUAGUUGGCCUUUAAAAACAUGUAUUUUCCGAAACUGCGUGUGAUACCAAGUGACAAAAGAUAAAGGAUUGAUUUUGGUCCAGAGUCCUCAUGGGGUUCCACAACAGAUGGUUAAUAAUGCAUGUCAAGUACCGGGUUGUUUACUUGUUGAAAUGAUUUGACGUUGUGCUGUUUGCUCCAAAGUGUGUCUUUUAUUUGUGAAAAGUGGUGCUGCUUACAAAAGAGCUCACCGCCAAAACCAGAACUACUCGGACCAGAAGCAAACAGGAGAAGAUCAAGUUUAAAUGGCUCAUUUAUCAAUGCUGAUCUUAUUGGCAGCAAAGCAAAGCCAAAACUUGAAGUUUGAAAACAGAAAAGAUAUUUGAAUGGGAUUUUUUUUACAGUUAUUGAAAUUCAGCUCAGUCAGUAAAAUAAUGAUGCUGUUUGAGUUUUUGUUCCAUCAUCAGUUUUAACUCACACGGAAAUAAAAAUGGUCAUCUUGCUACAGAUUAAGUUUAUUAAUGAAAACGUCAAGCAAAGGAUGUUUUUUUUAAGAAGUAAAUUUUUCAUAUCGCUUUGAAAAAGAAUUUGCAUAAAUUGCUAAUGCUGUUGACUGUGUUGUGUGUAAGAGGUAAGACAGUUCACUUUAAUCGUGUUUAAAAAUAGUUUCACUUUUUCAAGAAUCAGGCAAACUCACAGUGAGCUGAAAAUCUGUCUAUUCCUUAAAUAUAUUGUUGUAAAGCCAGUUGACCGGUUAUCCUGAGCAGUUUGGCGUAAAUUAAAGCCUGUUUUUCUUGUUUUAUUUUUGGUGGGGUUUUUUUCUGCUCCCUGUGUUGGAAGUUUACAUACAUUAAAAAAUGUCAGGGAUCAUUCUUCACGUUUCUUGUGUAAUGUCAUACCCACGCAGACAUUUUUGCAGUGUUGCAGUGGAGGGGAAUGUCAGAGCAGCUCUAUAUAGCGAGGGGGGUCAGAUAAACAAACCGUUUCUAACUUCGGCGGAGGACUGUGGCGUUUGAGACGGCUGCUUUUUCACUGAGAAGAAUGUUCCCUUCCGUGGGGCUCUGUUUCCAAGUGCGCUGCUGAGACUCGGGUAAAGAGCUCAUAUGUGAAAGUGAGGAAAGCUUUUGUGUGUUUAAAAAUGAAAUGUCAGAGCAUUGAAAGGGGUCGGUGUGCCUCUCUUUCAUGACUCCUGAUUCGUGCAGGUGUGCGUGUUUGUGUGCGUGUUUCGCUGGGAUGUCACGGCAGGUCCGACAUCACCAUCAGUCAUGCUGUUUUGAGAGUGAGCCAACUCUGUGGCCACUGUGUAGUGAGUGUGAGAGCUCUAUCUCGCUGUGCACACAGCAUGCAAGAAAACCUUCCCCUUUUUUUUUCCUUUUCCCAUUUUGGUUACGGGAAAAGGCAGCAUUUUUUCCUUCCAUAUUUGGUCAUAUGGAGCACAGCCAGUGAGCAGUAGCCUUUUGAUGCCGUACAAACAUCCCUAUUUUGUGUGGGAUUUGUACUUUUUGGAAUGCUUUUUCUCCAAUUCUGCCUGAUAGUGGGUGAGGCAUCUGAAAGUGCUUUUUUAAAAGGGACACAAUCCUUUUAAAAGUCAAAGAGUGAGGAGGAAAUGUAUUGGCUCUUGAUGCUGUGCCUUUUUACAGUAUUAUUUAUGAUUUGGGCAGCAAGAAUCUGACUUCUAAUGCAAAUGCCCCUCUUAAAACCAACAUUAAAAGUAAGACGGUAUUUUAUAAGCCUCACUCCUCUGCCAACUGCUUCACCAAGUCUUGUUGGGCUGUUAUUUCAUUUGCUAAAUUGGAUCUGCAGCUCAGAAAUAAGAAUUCAUCAUGUCAUUCUAGUGGUUAACUUUUAGAAGCUUUAAGAUUUUGUAACGCGCUGAAGCUGGAUUUAGUUUGAUCCUGAAAAACUAAGAUCACAGAUGAUGUCUUUGCAGUCUGAGUGGAGCAUCAGGGUGCUAACCUGCUGUUGAAUACGGGGAAUCCAGAUGAUGGAUAUAGCAUGUUCAGGUAAUGUUUUCACUGCAAUUUAAGUGUGACUUGGCUUUAGGCGUGAGGUUUAAAGACACAUAAACAAACCCCCAGCUUGAAGGAGGACGCUGACGGCUGAAGCGCAGGUGUUCUCAGCCGUCUCUCCACUGAAAGGGGGAAGGUCAUGAUACCUUCGAACUGAACGCAGCCUGAUGUGCAGCAUGCAGCACAAAAAUCCAUUCAUGUGUGGGACCUGGAAGAGGAGGAAAUAUUAAAGCAACAGUGAGUCAUGUGCUAAAAAUACGAGGGAUGGUGGUGAGGUUAUCUCAGUGACAGUGGAAAAUAAAACCCCCGGAUUCAAGAAUGUUACAAAGACAGUAAUAUGUUUUCAUCAGGACGACACAAGAGUUUAUAAAGUAUCACGCUACAGCAUCCUCUCCAAAAGGGAUUUGUCAGUUUGAAAGAUAACUGAAACAAAUACUAUUUAUUAUCAUCAGCAUAUCACAACAUGCCUGAGAAAGCAGAACAGCGCCAAAAGUGGGUUAUAGAAGACUUACUCGUUACCUGACAGUAUAUUUCCAGAUUUAGGGUCUUAGGUUUCCUACUUUGGACCGUUCUGUUUUAUUGGCUGUGAUUAAGUAUUGCGUAGAUCCUGGAACAUGAAUAAAUCACCUCCAUAAAGUCUGAUAUGGCAAAGAAUACAAAAGUCCUCACACUGAGACUGCCAAGAGUCAAACCAGAUUAACGAAAGGGCUUUAUUUGGAGGGGAGACUGAAAAAAUUCAACAUUUUGUAGAUUAUCCCUCACAUCAAAGCGUGUGCACAACUACGGUAAGAACAAUGGGUCAAAGUUGAAUAUGAAGGUUGGUCAUUUUUCAAAGUCAGCUAACUUCACUCUGGAUUUUUCUGCUACAUUCUUCUCUGGUCUGUAUUAACCCUGUAACAAAGCCAACAUUCGAUGACUCUUCUUUUACUCAUGCUACUACAAUGCUGCGUUUUAGCUUUUCCCAUGACCCUGUUGUUGUGCUUUGCCUCCUGUAGCACAAGGCUAGACUGUGAAAAACAUGGCCAUAGUGUCACCUACUUCAGCCAUUAGUGAUGGCUGUUAUGAAACCCAAAGGUGGCAAUUGCAGAAUUAACAAUGUUGAUCCUGUUAGCAUUUGGCUAAUCUGGAGUGAAUGCAGUUGUUACGUGCUGAACGAUGACGACACACCCAACUCUUAGUCAGUGAAGUUACACCCUAAAAAAGGCCAAGUUUGCUCAACUCUUGAUCGUUCUUUAGCAUAAUCAAAAGGAGUGAGUUAGUUUUAGCCUUUACCCUCACAUUUAGAAAUUAAAGAAAAAACAUUUUUGCACUUUGUAAAGAAGCUGAAUUCUUCACUGAAAUCAGAAUAUUAAUUUUGGUUUUUUAGUCUUUGGCUUUUAAAACUUGCCUCAGGUGGGCGCACUUGAGACCAUUUUGGCACCUAAAUAUUGACUUUAUGUUUCAUUCUGUUUUUUCACGCUGCUUUGGCACAAUAAACAGUUAAGAAGUAAUUAUUAAGUUUGCCUUUGUGUAUCUAAGUUUACUUGAGUUUGUCUGCUGUUAUGAGCUGUAUUUGAUUAAGGCAGCUGUUCUUUAAAAUAUGGGCAGAUACCUGAAAAUAACUUCUUCUAAAGGCCCCUGAGAACCUCUGAUCUAUUGCUCACUAUUCUACAUAAACCCAAAAAUUUGCAGUCAUUUGUUUGUCCCAAUAAUGAUGCUAGUUUUGGCAAUUUUUUUCUUCUAGUCUCUCUGAUUUUAAGUGGGCUGGGAUCAUCUUAGAAACAGAAAUUUAAUGCUUUUUCCUGCAAAUUUAAGAGUUUUGCUAAAUUUUAGCUGACAUCAGCUGUGAUGCAUAGCUAUACAAAAAAAACAGCCUGAUUGUUUUAGCCAUUUUUGAUGUUUUCUUACCUGUGCUGUUGGAAAAAAUGUACACAUCAGUGCAUUUUUGUGUGGCUCAGUUCUUGCUCACACUGGCUCAAAGCUGAUUCAGACAUUAUUAGCAUUAUUAGGUUGCAAAUCAGCCUUAUAUUAUGAAAAAUGACUAACAGGUGGAGGCAGGAUGUGAAGGCUGGGUCUUUAUUUAUGGGUUUAGACAGGAGGAUCUGUCACACAGUCAGCUGUAUAAUGGACUCAAUGAACUAAUAAAGCAAACCAAGUUGGUAACAAGGACAGUUUUUAAACAGCUUUUGAUGUAUUUAUCAGGAAAAAUACCCACGCUGAAGUGCAUGUGCUACUAUUGUAGUGCAAGGCGUUGUGUGGGGUGACAGGGCUUUCAGUGAAAAGCAGCACAUCAUUAAAACAUCAUGUAAAAUCAGGCUUUAAUCUCAGUUUUUCAACCAUAGCAUCCUUUUCCCAGUGUGUCUCCUUUCACAGAAAAAAUCAAGCCUCAACAGAGUCCUCCAGACAGCAGACUAACACCUACCUUUGUUUCAUCCUUACUGUGGUUAGUGUAGCCUGCUAGCACCCUGUAAAAUAUGAUGCAUCUGAGGUAUUCCAUAGAGAGUUUCUUGGCUGUGUGUUUGUGUGAACAGAUAACCUCAGUCAGUCAGUCAGUUUCAGAGUGUGUGAUUCACAGGGCACAGAGAGGUGUGAGGGAAUGUGAACCAUUGUCUGGGAAUGCAGGAGUCUUCUUUUUUCUGCACCAAACGGAAACUUGACAUCUGUAACCUUCAGGUCUUUUCCCUCCACUGAUGGGACAUUAUUUCCCUCACUGGUUUGCCUUCCAUCAGAAAGGUAAAGUCAGCAGAGAGGAGAUUGGAGACCAAUUUAAGGAGGGAUUGUGCCUGAUCUUUCAAUCCAAUGUCAUGAAUGGCAGUCUGUUUGAGUGCCGUAGAGCCGUGUCUCGCCCUAAAACCCUCAAAUCAACACCCUAUUAUUCCACUGCUUUUUGUUGCAUUAGCGUCUCAGGUUUGCAUAAGAAUACCUUCUGCUAAUACCCAGUGAAAUUUUUCCUCCAUCGAAGUCAAAGCCACUCUUUAAAAAAUUUGUUUUGGAGAAGAUAGCAAGUGGAAAGCAUAUGGUAUUGAGAUUGAGCUAUGGUCUGAUGCACUUGGCCACCUUAUAUGUUGCCUAAAAUAUGUAAUUGCAGCUGAAGACCUCAGCUAUGAGGCCAUAUUCACCCUGUGGCAUACAGAUACAGACUCAAGGAGGCACAGAGAGAAGUUUGGCUACAUGGACAUGUGUAAAUCCUGUAAAAUUAAACAAAAUACUUAACCUUAUUCACAGCCAGCCAACCUUUAGUCUCCACAGAUUGGAGCUGGAUUUAAGGGAAAGUCUGCAGCUGUUCGCAAAGCUGAUGUACUGUGGUCCAAGAAGAGAUAGAAACAGACUACAAUGUCUGAGUCCUGAACUACAUAGGCAAAGACAGCAACUGCUACUGGAUCUAUAAUGGGGGAUACCAACCCAAAGAAAUGUAUUGACUAUAAACUGGGUUUAUCAGACACACUUGUGGUACUCUUUUACAUCUAAAAGGUAAGCCCUGUACCUAUAUACUGGUAUAACGGAUCCAUGUAUGCUGUUAUUCAGUAUCUGACAGUUAUAUUAGGUCAGUGGUGUGAUAGUCAGGUUCUUCGCUGCAGGCGGAGAAAAGUAUCUUGAAUACAAAUGAAGCCAUGAGAAAGAUGAACAGAGAUGGGAAGAAGGACAGAAAUUCUUGGCCGUAGUGAGGGCAAAACCUCCCAGUGAAAUUAUUAACGCUCAUCUGCAGCCGCUCUGCAUGCUCAGACUGUAAACGUGUUAAUGCUGCUGAGAUCUGGAUGUAUAAGAGAAGAUGCAUAGCACAGAAAAACCACAACCACAAGCCAGCUUUCCAAACACAGCACUGUCGGUGGUGAUGGAUAUCACACAUGUACACACAUUAACUGUACCAUAAACACACACGUAAUGCAUUAGCAGGAGUCUCACGUAUUGAAGUAGUAAAAACAUGCUCCUCGUCUUAUUUAUUCACUUUUGUAUUAUUCUCCUCCACACAUCCACUGACACUUUCCACGCACACAUUUACAUAAAUGCACUCAAAAAAUGCAUUAAAAUAUAAAUCCUGUUUGGUAGAUAUAGUUUAUCAUGAUGCACACACCCUCAAUGAGUCUGAACAUAUUUUAGCUGCCCUGUCAGAAAACUCCCAGGAGACUCCUUACCCCUGCAGAAAACAUUAGGUUUACCCAACUCAAACUGUCCCCAGAGCCCCAGCCAAAACAGCUGUUAGUCUGCACUACCUACAGGCAUGUAGCAUCCCUCCCUCUCUCUUAAUCUCGCUCCUCUUCCUCAUUCACUGCACUGGCUAUAUCUGUGUGAUAAAAUCACCCAAAAAAUUAUCAUCUUUACCUUGCCAAAAUGAUUAAUUACAUAUUAUUAUUUUAACUGAUCUAUAAGAUCUCCAUUCCUCUGAUUUCUAAUAUCAUUUAGCCUAUGUGCUAUUAAGCAUUUAUCACCUGUCAAGAUAGCAUCCAUAAGUCUCAGAAACACCAGAAAUGGUCAUUUUAUGUUACUUUUACACUUCUUAAAGUUGCAUGCAGAAAAUGUUCAGUGUCAGAGGUAGAAAUCCUAUAAUCAGAUAACCCAUUUAAUCAAAAAGACUCCAACGUCUUUAAAGCCACUGUGAGGAGUUUUUGAGUAUUUACAAAACAAGCUGAAAUUAACAGGGAUGAAUCUCAGGGCCUGAUCUACUAAGAUCCAAAAUAGCGAGCGCUAAAUUGCGUGUGCAAACUAAAAAAUUGCACAUGCUAUUAGUGGGCGUGUUGUGGGUGAUCUACUAUCAUUGCGUGCGCAAUUGAUAGCGGGAGCAAAAGUGGUGCGGACUGCCCUCUUUAAACAGGGAAUUUGCGUGCGCUAUCGGCUGUCACCACGGAGAGUAGUGAGAGCAGAGUGGCUGAAGCCAUGGAGUUACACAUAUCACUUUGGGGAACUGCAUAAAAGGCAAGGGAAGUUUAUUUGUACAGCACCAUUCAUACACAAGACAACACAAAGUGCUUUACAGAUGCAAGAAAAUAUACUCGAAAUCAAAAAAAAGGAUUAAAACGAUUUAAAAUCAAUAAGACAAACAGAUACAUGUUUUCGUCUGUUUCGUGUUUGACCUUAUUUAUAAAAAUCAUAAUUUACCUGAAAAACCAAAUAAAUUACAAGAGCUGUGCUAAAUAAUAUCAUUUGCAUCUGCUACUCCCAGAAUUUUCUCCCAGCACGUUCUUAUGAUCUACAUAUAUUCUGUAUAUUCAUGAAGGCAAACACACUAAAUCGAUUGCGCGCUGUUUUGCUCAUUUGACAGACGCAAUCCUCGGUACACCCGGUUAGUAGAUCAGGUUUGCGUGCGCUGUCAAGUUUGCACGUGUGUUUUAGUAGAUCAGGCCCUUAAUGUCCUACAGAGGGAAACAAGGCCAUCACAAUUAGUGGUUCUGUAGAGCAAUGGUUCGGAUACAGGGUGUUGGCAUUUUUCUCUGUGGUCCUCGCUCUUAGUCCUAUAGACUUUCUAUUUGAAUUAUGUAGCACACACACACUAAUGCUUUCCAUGCUCUGUAUCAAAGAAAAUAUGUUCUCGAUUGCUGUUUGAGGGCCCUGUAAACAAGUACAGAUAAAGUAUAUCCUUGUAUCCUGCUGACCUAAGAGCUCUUUUAUUCAAACAGUUUGAUUUAAUUAUGAUGACUGCGCAUGAGAACAACAUACCUUCCUAUCUACACCUUCAUGCUUUACAAUUGUCGAUAACUUGUUGUGCUUACACAGCAGGAAAUGGAAAAAUACAACCGAAAACAAGGUAGAGUAGAAUUAGCAAGCAAACAUUAAUGCUAACACACAAAAACGUGCUUUUCUGUGUGAUUUGAUGUGCAUCUAAUACUUUCUCUCAAGGACACAAACUGAAGCCUUCAAUGUAAAUGUAACUAUGGAGAGUCUCCUUGGAAACAGAGCUUCCAUUAAGCAUAGGUGGCUAUAGUUGAGACAGAGGUCGUCUGUCUGUCAUUAGUGUUGUGAAACAGAGAUGAUUUGCAUGUGUCAGGCCGUCUGGCAGAGCCAUGACAGCAUUUGAAGUGAGGCAAUUUUUCAGUUUCAGUUCAAGCCUCGAAUUUGUCAGAAUGUGGUCACAAUUGUACUAUUCAUCUCCUUCAACUUUUGACACCUAAGAAAGGAAAGCUGUAGUCUUAGUGAAGAAAUCCUGUCUGUAAAAUUUUCCCUUCAAAGUUGCCAUGUCCACCAAUUACUUAUUUAUUUCCUUGGAUUUUUAUCUUAGACAUAUCUUGAAAUCUGAUACUGUUGACAGACUUAACAGACUCAUUGACAGAGAGGGCAGGAAUAAGUGAUGCAACCUUACUGUGGUUCAAGUCAGGUCAUCUACGGCUGAUUCAGAUUCAUCAACAGAAAACUUAUCAUAUGGUGUUCCACAGGAUUCAGUUCUCGGUCCAACUCUGUUUUCCAUUUACUCACUUCCAUUUGCUCUGUAAAUAAAAUGUGACAUUUCACUGUUAUGCUGACGACUCACAAGUUUACCUCCCAAUCAGACAUGAAGACCAGUUGAAUACAACAAUUUUCUUUAACUGCCACAUAGAAAUAAAAUCAUGGAUGUUAAAAAACACUUAAAGAUGAUAUAAGACCACAUCUGAUGUAACUGAUCGAUCCCCCUGCAAAAAGAAAUGUCACUCAAUUUGAGGUGAAUUAUCAGUUCGGUUAAACCCUCAGCAAAACAAAAAACUUUCCUGAGGCAGUACAGUGGCAUGUGGCUAAAAGAGAAAUGGUUCAACCUCUGGUGCAGGUGGGCAAAUAUUUUCUCUCAUUGGUUCGCAGACUGAAGAGAGCUGGCUUUGUGCCAGUGUUGCUUUCACAUUCCAGAUUACUAAAAUACCUGUCCUCACCUGGACACCUGCACAGCUGUGACUCCAUAGCUGCCGGACUCAGAGCUCUUCAGCUCUUUUUUCUCCAUAAAUACUCUUUCCUCAGUCAAGAGGCCAUGAGGAGGGCAGCAGUACAAAUGCCCUGUCGAUAGUUUUUAUGUCCUUACUAUGGAAACUCAAGCCUUGUAAUAAUGCACUAUUCCUUUUUUAGGCUACAUGGACAGAUGCAGCAGCAACAGACUGUGGUUUAUAUCUCCAGUGUGGCAUAUCUGUACUCUUUAACCAAAAAAUUAAAGGAUAGACAGAAUAAAGCGCAAAUUUUGAACCUGAAAUACUAUGACUGUUCCUGAGUUUGGCUAAACUUUUUUGUCCUUAUGCUAGCAUGCUAACAAGGGCUGUCACAAUACACUGACAAUUACCAUCUUUUAAAAGUGUGUACAUAUAUAUUGAUAUCCCACAAAAAAACAAGAGGAAAUGUUGAUAGUGUGACCUAGUAGCAGUGGUCCUUUACACUGGUUGCCACACGUCAUGAAACAGAAGAUAAACGAGAUGUAGCUGUAGCUGACUGCUAGCGAGCUAGCUGAAGCUGCUCUCUGGUGGAUGAUUCAGCACUUUUAACACUGCUGUUCAAGACUUAUUGUAAAUUAAAAAUAUCAGAGCUUUUGCCUCUUUGGAUUAACCAAAUAAUUAUCUGUCUAACCACCUUUCACCAGGUUUCUUUCAGUGCUGUAACUUCCAAUCUACCAAGAGUCAUGUACUUGAAAGUAAAAGCAUUGUUGCAGGAUACAAAGCCAACUAAAAGCAAGACAGAACAACACCAAAAUUAAAGCAUAAAGACAUUUGUUUAAUGAGGUGGUGUCAAAAGAAGUUUCAGCCACAAGGCUAAAGAUAAUCAUAAAUUUAAAUACUAAUAUAAAUGGUUAAUGAUAUGUUAGUUGUCCACAUUCAUUUAAGUUUAUGAGGUCACGUGACGCUCACCCUUGACAUGCCUUUCUUCAAUUUGACUGAUUGUGUUUUAUUUCACAGUUUUCAUGAUCAAAGUAUUUUAUGGGAUUAUUAUGUUGGAUCUAUGUUGGAUUUUUGCCCUAAUCUAAUAAAAAGAACAUAAUGUACCAGAACGUUUCAGUCAAGCAAGUUGCAGAUUAUUCCUGAAUGAUGGUUCAGCUUUUUGUUUUUGUUUUGUUUAGUUUUUCUGUAUUUAUGACAUUAUUUUAAAAAUCUGACUGUUUAGUGAUUGGGCUGAGCUAGUUUUCAUGUGUUUAUCAUUAAUUCCUGUUAUUCAACUGUUAGCAGCCACUGAACAAAAGGAAAGGUCUGUGGAGAAUGAGUAGAUAUUUGACUGGCAUAUUAAAGAAUAUUUAAGGCUCUUUCAAGUCCCCUAUAUGUUAAAAUCAGAGGUUUAAGUGAAGCAUUCCUUACAUAGCUCCAUAACCAUAAUGUGGAGAUUAAUGUGUUUGUGCAGAGGUUGUGAGGGACACUCACCCUGAGUAUCACAGGAACAAAUCUGACCAAAAAGCUGCAGUCUUCUCCUCUCACAUAAUGCUAGCUAGAGUUUGGAACACUUCACCAAAUCCCAAAAUAGAUGUGCUUCUGGCCCAAACUUAUUCUUCAGCUUUAGUCGCUGACUGCUGCUUGAUCUCCUGUAUGCCUCAUUUGGCCUAUAGGGGCCCAUUGUUUUGGUACUUUAACUCAAGACUUCGUGAGAAGAUAGGAGCGUUAUAAGGUAGUGUAAUCCCAGAGGCUGUCAGGAUAAUAUCAACUCGGCUUUUAAGGCUUUUUAAAAGGCUGGCACUUAGACACUGGGUUCUGUGCCAGGGUCUGGCAGUCUCGACAGGUAGUAAUUUGACUGUUAAAUGUGUCAUUAUAGCCAUUGUAGAGGGCUGAGGCAGACAGGGAAACAGAAAGAGGGGGAGGAGAGACAGAGAGGGGAGGGAGGCUGCGAUGGAUGGAUGCGGGUUUUGGAGCAUAACAGUGAAAUUAAUGGACAGAUGUAGCAGAGGGAAGGACAAGUUUUAUUAUAAUGGACAGGCUAUGACAGGCUGAGCUUUUAAAAAGUCUGAAAAUGUCACAAACUUUCAACUCCAGGUUGCACAACUCCAAGGAAUGCUGUCUUCUUUCGCUCUGCCCCUGUUAGCUUUUGCAAAGUGUGGGUGGUCCCCUCGAUGAUAUACACAACAGUUACAUUUCUACACGUACUAAGGGCCUUCUCUGCUGCCACAGGCUUCCUCCUCUGUCCUGGCAUUCUCUCUGGUAGUGAGGAGACAGUGUGCCUGUGCUGCAUUCAGCCUUGCAUGUUUUGACAAACUCCUUCCAUACAUUUAUCAUGACAAUAUAAUUAGCUCGGCUGUAAAUUCUUGCACACGGUCUAUUCUGUCAUCAUUUUUUUCAAACAUCUUUUCAUUUAAUUUACCCUAAAAAUGACAUGAAACUGACAUGAAAUGAAAUAUAGCUAAUCUUUGCACUUAAUCGAACCCUAAUGAAACACAGUCUCCUUAGCUGCAUAAUUGAUGCAACAUUUGCAAUAAACAGUCUAAAUGUAUGUGCUGCCGUGCUUGUGUUACUAAUAUCUUUGUCUCCCUUGGCGUCACUGGUUCUAGGAAGCAUGUGAUUAGACUGGCAAUGUUUGGAGGCCAUGUUGGUUUGGGUUAUUGCUAUCAUUAUGCCUUAAUUACGGUUGUAUGAAUAGCCUCACAUUCAAGUGCCAAUUGCCCCCCCACCCACCCCCUUUCAGAAAAGACACUAAGCGUGCAUCUGUACAUAGAGGAGAGAUUCUUGUGGUAUUGAAAAAGUCUCUCUCUGCUUAGACUCAGCAUCUAUUUUUUACAGUGUAAUAGCAAGGAGACAAGGCCUGUGUUUAGUGCACAGGCUGCGGAGAGGGCGGGAGGGACCGGGUGAGAGGAUGCAGUGGGGAGGUUGUAGAUUUUUAGGGUUUCAAUGAGUGAAAUGAAUAACCCCACUUUAUGAGCAACACUCUACCAAUUAAAACAUGUUUAUAAAGGCCACUGAAUCAUUCAGAAGUUAUGACACUUACAACAACGGAGCAGAUAGUAGCAAAGAAAAACUUUCUAUAACAGGCAGAGACCUCAGACCCCAUCUGUCCACCAGAAUGAGCCAAAAAUGCCUGCACUCAAAUGCUGUAAUCUUGCACCUCCAAGCAUGUGCAUGCAUAUGCAUACAUCCACACACUGUAUAUAGAGGCCCACUUUGACCCUUUCCUGCUGGGUCUGCUCCAAAUGAAAGAAACAGCAGCGGAAAACAUGCUUAUAACACAGGAAGCUUAUAUCAAGAGCCGAGUCAUGCCACAGAACAGUUUAGCCAAGCUUUGACAUGUGGGUAAACAAGAAAGGAAAAGCUCACAAGUAGAGAUAGGGAGAAAAAAGGAGUGGGAGGGAGAGAGGGAGGGAGGGGGUUAAAGCUGAAGGGAAAAAGGAAGGAGGUUACAGAGAGAUGGAGGGAGGGACAAGCAGGAGGGAGGGAAAGGAGCAGGCAUUUUCCUUUGACUGUCAGCUGAGGCUGGACUGUGGGAGACUGUUACCAGACCUGGUUGUAUUGUGUCUCUGCUGUAUUGUGAAAUCUUGUGUAGUGUGGAGGGAAAUACAGUUUUUAAAGGCUGAUCCAAGGUAUGACAGUUGUAGUUUUCCUUUGUCCUACUGCACUUUAGAGCAUCUACUCUGCCACUCACUUUCCUGCUCAUGUUUUUUUAUCACCACAGGAUCGAGUUUUCAAGUCUGACUUUAUUCAGUGCUGUUUUUUGAUCUUCUGCGCUCUCAUGCACCUUUGUUUUUCCCUCCUGCGCUCCACCACUGUCUGUUUACUCUGCUCUGGUGCACAGUAGAUAUGGCUGCAGGUUUAGUGGUGCUACACCGAUGUAUGACGGGAGGCUCAGCAGCUCCUGGGUGGUCUCAGUCCUCACUGCACACCAAGUCAUGUACCCUAGCGGGGUAUUUUUAGUGAGAGUUGUUCCUGACUGACUGAUUGAGUGAACAUCCUGUCCUUGCAUCUCCUUCCCCUCGCUUCCUUUUUUAUUUUACUCUUCAUUCUUUUACUCUCGGUCUCAUUCUUCUGACUUGUAAAAAAGAUAAGGUGGUUAAAAAAGAUCUCGGAAAAGCUCUCGUCACCAAGGCUGAGGCCAUAAACAAGACCGCCUCCCUGACCCUGGAGAUAAGACUUAACGCUUUUGGGCAUGACUUUUUGCAGAAGGAUGAAUGGUACUUAAAUGCAGCCGUCCAGUGAAUUUUUUUCAAAAUCCUGCUCAAUGGCAGGCAAAACCAGUUUAGACAGCCGGUGGUGCUAGCUCUGCAAGUCUGUGCUGAGCCGUGCUAAAUAAAUUGUGCUCAAUUUUGCCUGUUCUUUGUGGGUUUUCUCACCUUUUGACCAGCUGGUUAGUCAGAAUUUUGUGAGGGGGUUUCUGGCUGUUAGGAAAUCUGUCACCUUAGAAUACAGGGAGUUCACAGUACUGUUGACUUGUGAAAUACGCUGUGUGGGAGUUUUAAAAAUUGUAAUGCGCCGUCUGAAAGUGCAGCGGUGUCACUUUUUGUUUAUCUUGUCAGUAGCAGUUGUAAGCAGGAAGACACUGGGGUGGGUGUAUUUGGGUGCACCAAAAGGGACAUUGUGGCAACUGAUAGAGGAAAUACCCUGUUAAUUUGAGACCCUAAUCCCAGCGUAGUUUCAGGCAGCCCUACUAUACAUACAUAUAAUUUUUAGCUCACUGUUCAAACAUACGUACAUGUAGUCUACAAAAAUAAUCCAAACAAAACCCUGAUGGAAACAUGAGCAGAUUGAUUAUUUUGUUUUGAAAGACAGACUGAUAUUAGUCUUAACAGUGUUGUGACAAAUGCAUGAUGUUGUGUUUCCUUAGGCUGUUUCACAAUAAAAGCCAAUCUGUUCUAUAUACCGAGGCUCGACAUCCACCCACAGCACUUUUCUGCUUAUCUUCUUCUGCUCUAUCUGCCAGUGCUUUCUCUCUCUUCGGUUAUCACAUUAAUUAAAUGCAAAAGACUCUAAAAAAGCAGUAAGAUGCUGAAAUAUGAAAUAGAAGAAUGAGGAUGUGUGGAUAAAAACAACAACAACACUAUUUUCAGAUGUCUGUUUGAAUUUGUCUGGAAAAUGGUUUAAUUUCAUUCAAAAACAAACCUGUUAGCUCCCCUUUAUUUCUACUCUGUUGGAGCCCUGAAAUGAAAAUGUUUCCAUUAUUUUGUUUCCUCCCUUCCUUCCUGAUACCGAGUGACUUAAUUUGUCUGUUUUCAAUGAUGUCAUCCUUCAGGGUACAAUCAUGGAGGAAAUGGACUUUGAGCGGCGCCGGGAGCUGAGGAGGCAGAAGCGGGAGGAGAUGCGCCUCGAAGCCGAACGGUAAGAUCCAUCUGGAUGUUGUUUUUUCAAGUCUGAAAUUGAAAUUUCCUGACUUAAUUUCAUAAUCAGAAUCAGCAGGUAUGUGCCCAGGUUCUUCGCAUUUACAGAGGAUGGAUUCAAACGACAGUAAUUACCAAUCAGAACAAAAGUUUGCUGUCACAGUGGAAGUUCCUGUCCUUGGGUUAUUACACAUGCAAAUAAGAUACGAAGGUAAACCCUCCAUAAUGGCUUCAUUUGUGCAGCAUCAGAGUUUGCUGUCAACAAGGGCCCCUCUGCUUAUGAAGCUGUGUCGGGUAGUGAAGCCGUGAAUGUCGAUGCACAGCACACCUCCUCUGAUCAUCAUGCCAAGCUUGAACAGGAGGGAGUCAGCUUUAAUAGCCUAGACCCUCCUCUUGGUCUUUAAGAACACUGCUCUGCAAAUAUUAGCUUCCCCGCCAUGCUCAAAGGAAAGAAAGGCUGAUGAGAAGUCUGAUAAGCAAUGUGAUGACCUUUAAGUGGGAAUGUUCAAUCUUGCCCUCCCUGCCUGCCUCCUUCCAAUUUUCUCUCCCAGAUACUGUGGCCUUGUGAACUCACUGUGAUUCAAUGGAAGAAAUUGAUUAAACCAAAGUUCAUUUCAACAAAUUGAUUGAGUGGUAACAUGCCAAGUGCCGUAAUCAAAAACAGUAAAAGGGGGAGGGGAGUAUUGUGAGAAUGUGAUACAUUCACUGCCAAGGAGCCUUUUAUGGAGGCUUUUUUUCAACAAAAGUCUCUUCAUCUGCUGCAGUCGUGCCAAUUAAGGAUGAGGUUGAUGUGGAUGCAGAUAACAGCCAAGGUCACUCCUUUGUUUGAUGUAUCUGUGAGAAGAGUUUUAUAAGAGCCAGUUACUCCAUCACUAAUGAAAAACUGGCUGGCAAAGCUCUGACCCCUUCCUGAAUGUAUAGUUAUUUCUCUUUGAUAAGUUUUUCUAAGAAACAAAGGAAGGGUGCUUUCUGCUUCUAUUAAGUUCAAGGUUCAAGAGUAUUUCUGAAGAGGAAGGACGACGCAAAACUGUGAUAAAUAGAAAAUGCAAGGUUUAGUUAUUUAUCCAGGGCUCGAUACAGUAAUUGAUGAUAACUUUUACCAACUGGUUUAUGAAUCUUUGGCCUCCGCUGCAGUGUGGGGCUACAACAGCAAAGGAUAACGAGACGUUUCUGUUGGUGGAUAAAAAAUUACUUUUAUAGAUUAAUAGGCCUAGCUGACUACUCACAUCCCAUAUAUGGGGUUCAUGCUUCAAGUGGGCAGCCCUGGUUUGAUUCCAGCCUGUGGCUCCUUUCCUGGUAAGUGUAGUUUUUGAUCAGUAUCACAAAAAAUACUGCUGUCUGGAGUUAUUUUGGCCACAGUAAUCAUGAGAUGAAAAUGCAAUAUUGCUGCAAUCCUUAUACAUACAUUGAAUACAAAAAAAAAGACCAGGAAAGUUUGUGUUCACUGGAUAGAGCAGUGGUUCUCAAGUCCAGUCCUCGAGGCCCACUGUCCUGCAUGUUUUGGAUGUUUCCCUUCUCCAACACACCUGAUUCAAAUGAUGAGCUCGUUAUCAAGCUCUGUGAUGGCUACAUAACGAGCUAAUCAUUUGAAUCAGGUGUGCUGACUUGAGAACCACUGGGAUAGAGUAUUAAACUGGUGUAAAAAGAACUACUGUAUUUUAGCAUGUAGAUAAAUAUCAGAGACACAUAUAGUGUCAUGUCAACUGAUAAGUAAAUAGUACUGUAAUGCAGAAAAAUGCCAACUAAAAGUUUGUGAUAUGAAAAGUAACAUCGUUGUUAAAGUUUUCUUCAAAUCUGGAUGACUGUGUAUUUGGCCAUCUGGGGUUAAGUUUAAACAAACAGUCCUCUUUAAAAAGAUUUAAGAGUGGUAGAAAGUGUUUUAUACACCCAGGAUGUCAGUCAGAAACCAAAGAACUGGAACGGUAACUAGGCUGCAGUCAGGGUCAAAUCUGCCACAUCAUUUAGCUGAUUUUAAGAAACUCUGUUACAAACCACAACGUGGGUGUAAGUGUGGACUCUGGAAAUGUUUCAGCACUUUACUUUGCCAUCAGAGAGCUCUUUCAUUCCUGACCUGCUGAUUCAUGUUUUCUGCAACUUCGAGGUCCAGUAUUUGCUCUCCUGUCUCUUAGCAGCUGAAUGCUAAUAUGUACGCGCUGUGUGAUUGCUAACUGUUCCUACAUUAGGCUUGGUGCUUGGCUGGUAGCUUUAAGUAGAUUCAUCUAAACUUAAUCUGCUCUGGCUUAAAACAAGUGUAGUGAAAUCACAGUUUAGGGGCCAGAACAAUAAAGCUGGGGCACGAAAAGGCCUCAUUGAGGUUUGGGUCACUGCACAGCAAAAUAAAGUAUCCCCACAUACUCAGUUACUGUCUCGUUAGCUGAAACCCUGAGAAUCCUUUCUGCUACCAUGUUAAGAAAAACAUCCUGUAUAUUUUUGCGUACACAUUUACAGUUAUGUAAUGUUCUUCUUCUUGGCAUCUAUGCGUUUUUACCUCUUUUAGACCUUUAUGCCUCAUUUCCCCAGAUGUAUAGCUGUUUGAAGGGAAGGUUAAUACCGUUGUUAUGUUUCAUGGCAUAAAACCUCUGUAAACCCCCACCGCUGAAAUUAUUUAUGCAGCUCCGGAGUGUUUACGUUACAUAUAGAAGAAGGAAUUUGGCAGAAAGAGUACAUCAAGAAGAGCCGACAGAGGAAAGACAUAAGGACUGGCUGACUGAGAAAGAAAUGGACCAAGAGUGAAAAAGAGUAAGGGUUAUAAGCGCCUUCGACAUUUACAUUUUCAACCCGGUGGGAGUUUGUUCGUGACUGUUUAUUUGGUCCGGGCAGCAAUAAUUUCAGCUGGCAGGCGACAUGCCACUCCUGUUAUUGAUAAAAGAUUACAUCUCUACAUUGUUUCCAUUUCUGCCAAUAUAUUGAAACAAUCAAUAUUUACAUGUCCCUCUUGCUUGGACUAGUGAAAACCACAUGUUGUCUCAUUGGCUUGCUUCCAUUCAACCAUCACUGUGAACACUGUGAGAGGAUGGGGAGAGCGCUGGGAGAAUGUGGGGCCAUAUAAUAACUGCUGAAGGAAUGCCAAAUUCCUGGCUAUUAUAAGUGUUUACUGGCCAGGUCUCCAUGAGCUGUUUCCUACAUACUGGGACAGAGAGAUGGUCUGUGUGAAUGUGUGUGUAACUGCGCUCAUGUUACUGUGAGUGCUGUGCGCAUACUUCAGGAUGAGCGCAUGAAUUUAGUUAACCGUGCACAUGUUCGCUUUAGUGUGUUGUUGUGUUUGGAUCGGCAUCAGGUGAUGAAGGGUUGACAAGCUCCAUUCACUUUUCAGAAAUACAAUUGUGUGCAAGCGCGUGUGAGUGUGUGUGAGGAUGGAGAACAGCCAAGCCUUUCCUGCUCUGUCUUACAUCAGCCUCAGUUAUAUUUGUAAGAAUUGACUGUUGACAAAGAGGAGCGCUGUGGGCUUCAAAUCACUUCUGGUCCUAUCGGAUGGAGCUGCACACAGACGUAUGCAGACACUUUCUGCUCUGGUGAAGUUUCUCACACUCAGUCAUGCUCUUAAAUUCCCCUAUCAAUGCUUUAGUAGGGUUUCUGUUCGCUGAAACGCAGUCACACAGGAAUGUCUCGUUUGCCUUUCUCCUCCAUAGAGAGUACACGAAUGUGGAAUUUUCCCUGUAAAUUCGCUGACCAAAAAGCUAUCUGCUUCAGCCAGAAAUAGUCUCCUCCUGUAACACAGAGCUGUGAAAUACAGCUGUAGCAGCCCAUUGUCACUGGUUCUGCCUUUCCUGUAUACUUACACACACUCUGAUAUUGUACAUGGUGAGGCAUUCUAGUUUAGAGUAUGAUUUCAUUUCCUCCUGUUGACAGUGUGGCAAAAAAAAAAGUAUCUGAAAUAACCGUUAACAAAAACACAGGCUUUGGUUGGGUGAAAAGAAAAUACCAGCAGGAUGGUAACAGGGAAGAGGACCUUUUCGGCUGCAGGUGCUGCUGUAAUUUUUAACAUCUGUUAAAGCUCCUGUGACCUUUCAGUUUGUGUCAAUAUUGGCGCCCCCUUGUGGACAACAUAGUCUGAGCUAGGCUUGUCAAAUAUAAACUUUGUGUCAGUGUCACAGUGUCCUCCCACAAAAAAAAACUCAUCCUGUUGACUAUAGACAGUUAGAUGUUGAAUUUAUUGUCAUAUUUUUAAGGAAAAUUGCAAUAACGGAUGUUUGUACGCUUUGCACUGGUUUAAAGCCUGAAAAGUCACAGUAUGAAGUUAGUCCUUGUUGGUAAUGUUCUUGUCGGUUUUUGUAUGUAACAGAAAAUCCUCUGGAUAAAUUUUAGUCUGUUUUGUGAACGCCAAAUAAACUCCUCACUGAAGCUUUGAGAAGAAGAAUGAAAACAUCUUGUUUAAUGAGACUCAAAAUGUUAAGUCUGUUGUCAAUUCCACCCACAGGUAGGCUGGUGAGAACAUUGUUGCCAUGGUAACACUACAAACUGUUGAACUAGGGGACACAUUUAUAGCUGCAUAGAUUAAUCGAUUUUGAAUCAACAAAAACUGUCUUUGAACCACUUGGUGUCCAGGUAAUAAGCGGGUUUAUGUCUUAUAGCAAAGUUUACUUUUUAAUUAUUCUACAUUCAUGACAGAAGUAUCAAUUUGCUCGCCCCCAGUCAAGAAAGCCAAUAUGUGCAUUUCCUUCACUGUGUAACCUUUAAAGUAACCUUUAUUUGUUACCUUUUCAGGCUUCACUGGAUGUUCAGUGUUGGCUCUGAUUAUUCAUCUCUUCUUUUGGGAAGUGUUUAUUUUGGGUGUUUGUUGUUUCUCUCUGACUCUUCCUCCUCUUUCUUGUCAUUCUCCAUCUCCUCUUCCUCCCAUUAGUUAUGUAUCCCUUCCUCUUCCUUCUUUCCCCCCUUCUCCCCUGGGUGUCACUGUCUUUCUUCUAUUUCUCCCUCUCUGUUCACCCAUCUUCUCCCACUUCCAAACCUUCGUCUUUUUCCUCCAUCUCUAUCACAGACUUUGUUUUUCUCUUUUCAAAUCUGCAUCCCUCUUCUUUCUCCUGCUCCAGUUCCUCUUCCUCUCCCUCUCUCUACCAUCCUCCUCUUUUCCUCUCCAUUCUUUACAUCAGUGCCGGCCCCUCCUCCCCCCUAAGGGACCAGGAAGGGAUGAGGAAAUAACACCCAUCCUCUGCGAAUGAGCCAUGCCAAACACUCCCCGCCCCGGGUGAAUGGGCUGUUCGCUAAAAUGACCCUGUCCUGCAUAGUAAACCUUUGGUUUUGAUAGGAAGUGAGAGGGAGAUACAGAUGAAGCAAUAGUUUGUUAUAGAGACUGACCCACAUAUGUUUACUUCUAGCUCACCACUCCAACUUGGAAAGGGUAAAGCUAUUGUUACAGGUUUUAUAUUGUGUAUGUCCGUCCAAAACAAGCGUUCAGUGUUAUAUUUAUGUUUAAUAUGCAUGCAAAACUAGCUCAUUCAUCUGUGAGCAGGAAUAAAUGCUGUUGAGGGGAUUUCAAUCACCGCUAACAUUGUGUAUUCUUGGAGCCAGCCCAGCAGAGAGCAGGGUGGGGAAGAGAGAGAGAGAGAGAGAGAGACAGACAGACGGGGUAGGUUGCGGUUCUGUAGGAAGGGAAAUAAUCCAGAGAGGCCAGCGUGGGAAUGGGUCAGCAUAUCUGACAGCGUAAGCAGAGCCCCCACCCUCUCUUCUCCCUCUCUCUCUCUCCCUCCUCAUCCCUUCCUUCUCUCCCCUCCCCUCAGCUUUUCUUUUCCAUCUUCCUCUUUACUCCUCUCCUUCCCCUCCCUUCCCUUCCCUUCCCUUCUCUUCCCUCUGUCCCUUUCCCUCUUGAGGAGGGGUGAAGAAGUCUUUUCUCAUGGGCUUCUCCCAAAUUGUUUUCACUGACAUUUCUGAGAUAUUUUGCUGUAAAGAAAAUAUUUGGACAUAUUUCUCCCUAAUAGGCUUGCUGGUGGUCAUGUUUUGUGUGCCUGUGCUGUCCGUGCUGACAUUACUUUGUGAAUUCUUUUAUGCAUCAUAGGAAAAACACGAAGAAAUGAGGGUCUAAUGCACAUGUGUAAUUAGACCGUCCAGCCCUUUUUCUGCUGCAUCAUGCCAGCUACAGUGAAACCAGCUGUACUCUUCGGCUUUUCAUUUUGGCUGUCAUUCAGUGGUUUGCUUGUCUUGCACACCCCCACCCUAAAAAGAGCAUGUGUUAUACUCUGCAGGCAUGUAUACUGUAGAGACGCAUUCUAUACAGGGAAAGUAUCAUCUAUGAUCAAAUCUGCAGAUUACUCCUUCUCUGUUAUCCCUCACACCCUUUCUUUCCCCUUUUUUUCAUCAUAAUUGUCUCUCCGCUUUAUCCCCACUCUCCUUUUCACUUUUCUUUUCUCUCUUUUUCUACUUUCCUCCUCUCCCCACAUCUCUCUGUCAGUGUGCUGAUAGAGUUUGGGGCCUAGGUAAGGAGAGGGAUAUUAAAGCAGACUCUUGGUUGUGUAUGUGUUUCUGCCCAGGGCUUUGAUUGACAGGAAUGCUAAUUCAGCUUUUAGGAGUUUGUUCUUCUCCCUUACUGAGGAAUCUUUAACCCUGAGAUUGUCCUCGUCACAGCCUCUCUCGACUAUUUUCUUCCCUUUUUUAGCUGUUGUCAUUUUCUCUUUCUCAUGACAUUUGGUGCUGUUUAUGGCUCGGCCCCUUGGGGAUUAAAGUAGUCGGUUCCCUCUUGUUUGUGGAGAGGUUGUCACAGAAACAACAUAUAACUGUGGCAUUUUAAAUGAAAGUUAAUCGUACUUUAACUGCUGGGGAAAUCAUGUCGAGAUGGCAGUGAUUAAAUUAAAUGAAAUCAAACUUAGUCAAAAGCAUUACUUCGCAACUUUUGACGAUUUAACAGCUUCCAUUCACAAAAAAAGUUUACACCCUCUUGUAAUUAAAACUCAAAUGGAUUUCUGCUGAGUUAGUUUAGCUUGAGUUCGUCUGGGAGGGACAAAGCUCUAAUGGUAGCUAAUGCUAGCUAAUCUAGGACAUAUGUAUCCUUUUUCAGAGUCAGUUUGAAGCCUUUGGAGUCCUCUCUCUGCUUGGGAUUGGGAUGCUAUCAUUCAGCUUUGAGGUUCAACAGACCAACAAGCUCGGUCGACCAAUUCAGAGUUGUGGCACAUUAAUGUCACAGCAGUUGGGCAGAAAAACAAUGAAAGAAACAGUGAGAGUUUGGCAGGAUGUUUUUCAUUAAAUGUAGAAAUGUUUUGUCAUGCCAAUAUUUUAAGAAAUAUAGAGAAUAUAAGGAUGUUUUAUGUCAAAUUUGAGCAAAUCUCUAUUCAAACAGCACAAAUUUCCACAUCUGUAAGCCUAAUCCACCACACCCAACCGCAGUCAUGGGGAAGACUGCUGACUGUAGAGUGAAAGCAAAUGACUUAGCUGUAUUGGCUGAUUCCUGUAUGCAAAUGGUUCAAUAAAGAGUUGUUGUUUGGGUGCCAGUAGAGCUGGUUCAUACAGAGCCAGAUGAUCUGGGUCGCUAAAAGAGCCUGAAUCCCCAUCAGUACCAGUAAGGACACAUCUCCUGACUGGUAAGAUGGAUCAUGGACAACUUGAGCAGGAUCACACAGCAUUUGUAGAUUUGAAAUAAUCCAAACCUGCAACAGGUUUUAACCUUCAAUUUAGCUUCAGUUUAUUUUAAAGGCAAAUUAAGUUAUUAUUUAAAAGGAACAUUUUUGUUUACAGAUUAACAGUUACCAGAGUUAAUCCAUUAGUUAGUAGAGUUAGAUUUUGUGCCCACUCCUGGCUGUGAGUAUGUAGUUGUUUAUCUUGUUUACGACAGCUCACCCCUUGUACGGAGACAUUUCAGGUCCUUGCUGCUGCUGGCAGGACCGAACCUUCUGAAAAUUCCCAGUAUUCAAUUAGCAUAAACACACAAAAACUGUGAGCAUUCAGAGAUGUGAACUUUUUGGUUCAUCUUUGGCAUAGAUGCUUAGUUUCUCCACAUAGAUGUCCAGAAACUGUAACUACAGUGAGCAUGAAGUCAGAUCAUUUGACUUAGAGACAAAAGAGGGGUUGGUAGGCUAUACAUGUCUUUUUCACUCUUUAGUUCAGUGGUUCUCAAGUCCUGUCCUCAAGGCGCCCCCCCACUUGCAUGUUUUGGAUGUUUCCCUGCUUCAACACACCUGAUUCAAAUGAUCAGCUCGUUAUUAAGCCAUUACAGAGCUUGAUAACGAGCUGAUCAUUUGAAUCAGGUGUGUUGGAGCAGGGAAACAUCCAAAACACGCUGGACGGGGGGGGGCUCGAGGACUAGAUUUGAGAACCCCUGGUUUAGACUAACAGUGAUUUUUUACUCAAGCAUCAAUUGGGAAUGAACAGUAAUUCAUUCUUGCUAAUGCUAUGCAUGUUAGCCGCCUCAAGAUAGAUUUUAUUGAUGAGUCAGUGUGCUAACUUUAUGACUCUCCUCCAGUUGGGGUUGAUGUGCUACAUUUUACCGUUAACCGCUGUCAUUUAACUUGUGGCUUUAGCAGCUUGUGUUAAGAAAUAGUGAGAUUGGCUGACUUUAAAGCUAAAAAGAGUCUAAUUAAUUUCAGUUGGACACAUUUUCUGCCUUUUAAGACCCGGACUUUUCUCUGCUAAGUGUACAAAGCAAAUGUGAAGCAUUGGCUGACGACACUGAUGUCAGUGUCCCACAAGUUCAGCUUGGGCGUUGACAGAUUAAUCUGCUCUGUUAUGAAACAAUCCUCAUCUGAGAGAGAGAGAGAGUGAAGGGAGGUGUGGGAGACCACAGAUAGGAGGGAAAGGAAGAAGGAAACUGUUGUUCACAAGCUGUAAAAACUAACAUAAACCCAAGCAGCUCCAGCUCUGCUCACCACACAUGUUGCAAUUAGCAUGCAAUAGCAUGUUUCACUGGCUGACCUCAAAGGCAGCGCUGUGAUGUGAGGUAGCUGAGCGCGUGGUUAGCAGAGGGAGUGUCAAGGUCAGCUGGGGCAACACAGAUCAUGUAGGAGCUGAGUUUAUAGAUCUCAUGGGGCCUGAAAAUCAUUCUGGAAAAUGACUGCUGGUAGUAUAGAGUGGUCAGCCCUUGUUGUUGCUGAUGUUGUUUCUUCUUCAUUUGGACUUUCCUGAGGCUGCCUCCAGACCGACCCCAGAGAAAAGCCUCGACAUGUUACUUUCAGUCAAAUUUAAGCACUUAAAUGUACAGUAGCUUACCCGCCAAUGUGAACAAUGGAGCUGUGUUGAGCCGCACCCUCAACAUAAACCACUGCAUUUAAUAAAGACGUUUAUAAUCCACCGCACGUCUGCUUUGGAUUGUGCUCUUUAAGUGUACGGGCGGUUUGUAGAUCUUGGCGUUGUUUUGGGUUUUUCUUCACAAUUGAUUUAUCCCUGUUAAGAGCAGGGUGAUGAAAAAAAGACCAGAGGAGAAGUAAAAGAAGUGAAAGGACAUCCAAAAUUGUCAGGGUUAAAUGCUGAAAACGAAUUCCUAGACAUUACAUCACGUACGAUCUGCUGUAUAAGUUUGCCAAAGUAUGAAGAAAAAUAUACUAAUAAAAACAAAAAGCUCACUGUUUGAAUUGUUUUUUUAAGGCUGUUGCGUGAUUGAUUUUUAUGACCUCAAUUAAGUGACUUAUUUUGCAUUUUAAAGACUUCAAGUUUUUAUCAAUGUGAAGUUAUUCUUACCAGUGUCUUAAUUUGGGAGUCAGAUGAAUGCAGUAAAAUGUCCCCUUUGAGACUCAAGGUAAAUGCUGCCUCUACACGAUUGUGGUCUAAACCCAUGACUCAGUGGUUGAGGACAGCUUCUCUGAUUGAUCCACUGAUCUGUAACAGUUCAUUCACUUUAAAAUAGUGAUCUGCAGGCCUGCAUGACGCCUUAUUGGCUACACCUACUUUAUCCGACUGUAACAAGACAACGCUGUGGCUCCACUUCAGAGAGACGAUAGAGCAAAAAACCAUAAAGAUACUUCCUUUCAUUUGCAUCUUAAAUAAUGUGGUACUUGUUUUGUUCUGGAUACAAUAACUCACAUCUUUUCAGAAAGAGCUGCAGCCUUUUUUUAAAAUAUGCUUUUAGUUUCCAGCUAAAUAUAGAUAAGGAGUAGAUAAGAAGAAGUAAAUACUUAUUUUAGCAAGCAGCUGUUUUGCUUAGCGUAGCAUGAAGAUAAGUGGAAAGCAGCUGGCCCGCCUCUGCCUGAUGAAAACACAGCUUUGGGCAGAGUCAUCGUCGGCUAAUCUCCUCUGCUCUAAAUUUUUCUGCUAAAACAAGCUAACCCUGUUUUAUGUCACACUCGGUAUCGGCUCACUAAACUUAGACAUACUUGCUUGUAAGUAUAAAGGAGAAUUUCUGAAAAUAUCAAAUCUAGCAAGGAACUGAUAUUAGUGUUAAAAUGGAUGUUUUUGUGUUAACUUUUAUUAAAUUAGGACACAGAUUCUUUUAAACAAAGCCACAUAUGUCAGCACCGAAUUCUGCUAAGUAGUUUUGACUGGAGUUAUUUUUUUACUGCAGUUUGUUAACUCAAGAAAGAUGUGAUUUCUGAUUUUUUUUGUAGCAAUAAAUUCCCUUGUAGAAAUAUAAACUUUCCUCACUCAUACACUCACAUCUCUGCAGUUCGCUCUCUUCUAACACUGACCAGACCAAUACAAGCACGAUUUCUCUGCCAAGCCAUGUCUGCAGACCGAGUUUUUAUCAGCUCAUGAAAACUGCAGCCACGAUAAGAAGUAUUGGUUGUUGCACAGCUGACAGGUCAGCUUGAUAGAGGCGAGGAAAAAAGAGGAACUGCAGACAAAUCCUUGAGAUUUGGUAACUGUGGUGAUUACAGUGCAGUUUAAAGAAUGAUUCACUCUGAAGUUUCUGACUAUAAGGCUGAAUUCAGGAAGUGCAGAGAGAAAAAAGUGCUUUAAAAUAAAGGGGAAAAAAGAAAAAUCUCUCCCUUUGUGCCUUCAUUUUUUUCACCCCUCUUUGUCUCCCUCAGGUUGGCGAGAAAUGAUGAUGAUGAAGAGGAGGCGGCCCGCGAGAGGAGGCGCAGGGCACGCCAGGAGAGGCUGAUGAACAGGGAGAGCGAGGAGCACAGCGGACAGCCAGACAGUCUGGUCAUGACCAACAGCCACAGGUAACGCAUAAAUAACUACACAGGACCUGUCUUUGACAAAUAAUCUGCUUACAGGGAGGAGGAAGGAAGAGGAGCUGUGGUCUGUGUCAUACUGUCAGUUCCUGCACAGCUGAGAGGAUUCAACAUCUUUACUAAAUAAACCCUGUGAGCACCUUUCCCUGUCAGGACAGCUCUACAUUUCACCCAAAUUAGUUAAAAGCCUCGAGCGCAAAAGCAGUUACAGUAUAUUGUUAAGUUGGGGAGAAUUUGGUAAAGCCAGAAAAUGAUCACUUUAUCUAUUCACCUUUAGCUUAACUUUCAAUUCUUGUUGCCAUGUGUGUUUUAAGGGUUUUAGCUCGGCCCACCCCUGCUUUUUAAUCGUCACACUUAAAGUUUGAUCCACUUUUUUUGAACUCCUAAGUCUGGAGCCUUUAUAUGGUUUUCUUUACUUGAUGGCUGUAGAUGUUGGAUAAAGCUAAAGACUGACUCACAAAGUUAUUGUGACCUAACAGUGUUUGGCUUCUUAGCAAACAGACUUACUCAUUUUUUCCAGUGGUAUGUUUUCUCAUAUUACUGUGCAGUAGAAAAUUCUGACAAAGGUUAACCUCUCCUCAGAUUUAAUGUAACGUCACUGAUGAAGGGUUGUGUCAUAAAUAUGUUAACAAAUAUAUUCAUCAAAUCAAAUGAAGGAGUAAACGCCAAGAUGGAGAGCAUCCACACUAUGCAGAGUUGUAGUUAAAGUAGUAGUAAAGCAGUGAAAGUAAUCUUUCUUUUCAACCCUCUAAUGUAGUCAGAUGUUAAAAGGCUCAUUGCGAAAUGCUCAAUCUACUGAAAAUAGCGAGCUAACUAGCCUAGCUGGACAUCAGCAGAAAUUGUCACAGUAAAAGAAACUGUGCCCCCUACACUUUUGCUCUUGUGGGUUUCAAAGGCUAAAAUAGUCCUCUUCAAAAUCUUAAGAUCUUAGAUAUUAGAGCCAGAUGUAUACCCAUGCAUGAUAUGAAUAAAUCUCUAACUUGACAGGCCUGCUGUACAUAGUUAUGCUGACACAGUAUUGUAAUAUUUCAAGUGUUGAGUGAUGAAAUUAAAUGGAAUGACUUUCAAGCCAUCAUUUCAAGUACAUGUUGGUCAACAAAUGCAAAAAAAUGAACCUCAUAUUCUACCCAGUCUCAGCUGUCACUGUGGCAGCCCACUCAUGAGCUCAUACCCGUCCAUCACAAAGACUGCCAUCAUAUCAAAGGUGCUCAAUACCCAUUUUUCACACAGUUUUGGGCUGUGAGAUCAAUGGCCUCGGUGAGGCAGUGGGCUGCUCUGGUAUCUAGGAGUACAGACACUGCUUUGUGGUCGUGAAUGUUUCUCUAUGAGCUCAGAGAUAAAUCCUGGGCACGUCAAACAACAAGGGGAUUGUGCAGGAGGAUGCUGAGGCAGGACUGAGUGUUACCCAGCCAUUGUUGUUUGUUUAGAUGUACAACAAUAAUGUUUGCCAGACUUCUGGGUCAGGAUAUUAUGAGUCAUGAUAUUUGGAAGUAGACAAAAGCACAGCUGAAGCCAAAAGUACAGUUGGUAUUGGAUGGACAGAAAGAGACACAGACUGUGCUGUCAGUCAUUCAGUUGGACAGUUCGUCCAUCACUUUGGUUAAGAUUUAAUUAAAUUUAAUUCAAAGUUCAGUCAUUCCCCGACUUUUAUUAUAGCUCAGCCAUGAGGUUCAUAUUUGAGGUUUGUGCUGAAAUGUCUCAACAACUGUUGGAUUGAUUGUCAUGAAACUUGGCAAAGAUAAGAGCUAUUGAGUCAAAGAUACAAAAUUUCCUUCAGUCUCCAAUCCAAGUGGAAUUUGACUGACUGUGUGUUUAUUUGAAGCUCUGACCAUUAGUUUAUUUUAAAGAAUAUCUGUGGUGUAGACCUGUCAAUAAAGCUAAUAGACUGUCAUCUCCACAUACUGGCUAAAGAGCUGACAAUAAUAUGGCAGCUUCUCUGUGUAAACUUAGAUUUCCUUUCAUGGGAUUCAAUUCAGUUUGUUUUGCAGCUGGGAGAGCCGUGUGCAAGUUGAAGCCAGGACUUUGAUUUCCUUUUUAACUGACUGACUGAAACUUCUGCUGGGCUCUCAGAGAAACUUCACUUGGCAUGUGUUUUAGAUAAGUUGUGGGAAUUCUGUCUUUACUGUCAUAUUUUAUUCUGUUCCAUGUCAGAUCUUAUCCAACCGAGUGUCUUUGGCAAUUUUAUCUUCACUCUUAUUUCCUUGUCAAAGUAUGAAGUUUCUGCUCCUUCAGCAGUCUUCCUGCAGAGCUGUUGGUCCUCGCUGUUCAGUACCUUUACAUGCACAGUGAAGUCCAGCUGCAGCUCUGUUAGGUAGUUUCAAUGAACUGCUGUCCUUGACCCACAAGCUCAAGGCAGGAACCAAUGUAUCGACUAAAGUGUGUCCACCUCAACCUCACCUCAACAAGGUGGAAAUUUACCCUCUUCCAGCUAGUCACUAGUUACUGGGUUGUCUCCUGGCUGACCUACUACAUCACCAUAGAAGUUACAAAGAGGCUAACCAGUGUCAUACUUCCCUUUGUCUUGUCUGCCCUCCUGAAAGGCAUCUGUUAUGCUGUUCGACUUAUGAGUCAAAGUAUGAAAAUCUAACUUGAUGUGUUUUCUGUUGGACUAAGAUGCCAACAUGAUUUUAAAGUCCAACUUCAGUCACACAAACGCAUACAUUUUCUUAACAUCAUGUAAAUGUGCUGAUUGGCUGUAUAUUAAGAUGGACGGCAUAUCUCCACCCUCUCAUCUUGCACAUAUGUGAAGCCAAAUCACUUCAUGCGAAGAGGACAUCUUGCGCGGGUGUUUGGAGCCAGAGUCUAGGUGGUUCAAAUUAGCUUAUAAGGCCACAGUUAUGCUACAGUAAUGACGUCCAAAGUACACAUCUAACUUAGACAAAUGGCAAAUAUCCUUCAGAGAAACACAGAAGAGCUUUUUGAGUUUGAGAAAUAGACACUCACAGUAAUCGAGAGCUUGGAGACUCUCGCAUUAAUGAUCGUCAUGUUUUUUUUCUGAGCAGUGACACCCAGUGUUGAAAAAUGAAGCCAAUGCAGAAGUUCAAGAAACUCGAAGUCCUCGAGUCCACUUCAGUCUGGCCCCAAAAACUUUCUUAUCACAAACAAACUGUGCAGAGCUGUAAAAGUGACAGUGUUUUAAUCUUUUGACAUACUUCCUGUUAGCCUCUCGCUGACACAUUUUGUCUAUUUUUUUUUAUCUGAAACAGGUCAACAAGGAGACUAACUGAUAGCACCCAGCUAAAAGUAGGCGUGUGUCCACUUACCAUAGCAGCUUCAGUCAAUAAUUAGAGUUGUGCAAACUGGGACAAACACAGCAGUCUGAUUAAAUCACAGCAUAAAGCUAUGAGUGCAACUCAACUAUUCCAUGCAUGUUCAUAUAAUCAGCUUUGUAAACUUCAUUCAAAAUGUAUUUAACUAUUGUAGUUUAACUGGCAGUACAUUUAUUCAUAUGGAAGGAGGCGGGCUUUUUAGACUGAAGGAGCUCUGUUGUUGGUUUCACUUAAAGGGAUAUUCCGGCGUAAAAUUAAUUUAGGGUCAAGCACACCGACCAAUGUUGCCAACCGCUUGCUUUUCUAGUUAUACCAACUUUAGUAAUGACUGCACGAUAGCAAUACAGAGAGCCACGCACUCAACCAAAACGCCACUCUAUAGCCACAAAUAAUGUUCAGAACAGCACCUAACUUCAUUUACAGUACAUAUAGGGUCCUAGCCAUAGCACUAGCCACCAAACAUCUUUUUAACUUUGACUGAUUUCUUUAAAAAAGAGACUAAACACAACUCACCCACUCUCUUUCAGCAGCCGCUUGUUUGUACGUAGACCUCAGAGUGAGUUCAUCUACUGCAGUGGGGUGCCGCAGCUCAAGGAAGAACAUUUAUGAUCAUUUCUUUAUAAUUUCCUUGAAGUAAUAAUCAUCAUAUUAAUCAUUUUGCACUGCAGACGCAGUAGUUCUUCUACCUUAGUGUUUCGGUCUGAUUGCAUUUCCAUGAAGAAAUGAUCAUAAAGAGAAAUGAGCAGUCGGUGUUACAGUGUGUUUGACCCUCACUUAAUUUUACACCGGAAUAUCCCUCUAAUAUAAUAAACUUUGUAAACUUCAUUCAACAUUUAUUUUAAUAUUAUAGUUUAACUGGUAGUACAUUUGUUUAUAUUUAAAGACGUGGGCUUUUUAGACUAAAGGAGCUCUGUUGUUGGUUUCACUGAAGGGAACUGACAUUUAGUCUUUUUUUCCAUUUUUUAACCAAGUCCUCAAAUGCAGACCUGACCCAUGUUUGAAAUGUCUUGUCUGACUUCUCCUGCCACUACAAAUUCAUGAAACUGUUGGGUUUUAAAGGUCUUUAUCGAGCACAUUCCAGUGGUAACAGCAGAAAAUAUUGUGCGCAGUGUCUCUGCCCACAUUUUCUCACCAGCUGAUGUCUGCUGCCCUGAACUCAAGGCUCCAUUCAUAGUGACAAAAGAGCACACAACUGAAGUGGUCUUCCCCUUUCUCUCUCUUCAGUGUGACAGAAACUGUGAGCAGCUCUUACGGAGGAGGUGGUGACGGAGACGAAGAGGACCAGGCCUUGCAGGAGCGCAUGGCCAAGCGUGAGGAGAGACGACAGAAGCGCAUGAAAGAGGCGCUGGAGAGGCAGAGGCAGGAAUCCACGACCACAGAGAGCAACAUCAGCGUCUCCAUGGAGAAAAACAACUCUGAGGAGGAGAGGCCUUCCUCCUGGCGCAGAGGUCGUUACCGUGACCAAGAAGAGGAAGAGGAGAAAACGGAGAGGUACAGCUCGAGGAGAGAGAAAGAGCACGAGGAGCCCAGGGUGGAAGAGGAGGCUGCUCCUGAAGUUGAAGAGCAAGCAGAUGAGGGUGUAGAGGAAGAGGAGGAGCAACAAGAGGAAGUGGAGGAGGAGGAGGAGGAGGAGAAACCGAGGAGGUCUUAUUCGAGAGAUAAGGUGAGUCAUCAGUCAAUGUCUGCUGACUGUCUUUAAAUCUGCACACUGACAAUUCCUGCAAACUGAUGCUUGUUUCUGUAGGAAUCAACUGAAGAAGCAAAAACUGAAACAAAGGUAUGGUUAUUGAUUUACUGACUUCUUAAACACGUCCUGCAGCCUUUCACUGAUCUUUCCUUCUAAGACCUGCUGUAAACCUUUCUCAUAGGAAAACACUGAAGAAGAAACAUACUCAGUAGUCAGUGAGAGUUCAAACCUGGCCAAGUCAGCUAAUUCAGAGGCCGAGGAGGAUGCAGUAGCAUCAGAGGAGGCUGGAGAGGUACCUGAGGAUAAUUAUGUAGAUUAUUCUUCAGAGAACAAGUCAAUGGCACUCAGAAAUGAGAGUGAAGAGGACAAUGAGGUAUCUGAGAUACUGCACUCAGAGGAUAAUGAGGUAUCAAACAUGUGGUAAGAAUUUCAGUAGAGGUGUGAUGCACAGCACAGAAAAGAUCUCUGGUUAACUUCAGUGUCCGGAUGGAUCUUUAUAAAGAGGUCCACAGAUUUACCUUUUGAUCUCAUGUUGGUCAAAAGGUAUUUUAAUGUUAAUGUUGGAGCCAGACGCUGAAAUUACCCACACUUCUUGUUGUCACAGUGUGACUCGCACCAUUUGCAAACUGACAGUAACUGAGCCUGCGUUUUACAAGGUGUGGUUGCAGCCAUGCAGUCAGAUUGUUAAUGAGGUUCAUGCUAUGCCUCACAGAGUGGUCACAGCAUUUUUCUGCAUGCCCACCACUUAAGCUAUGAGAGCACUUAUGACACUGACUCCACUCCAAAUAUUCACUGCAGCUGAGACAUCAGAAUUUUUUUGAAAAGGAUAUGUGUGUUAAGCAGCAAGGCAAGAUAAAAAAAGUCCACUGAGCCUUGGAUUUAAACUAGUGCUGGAUGUGGGGGUUAAUAUUUUUAACCCUCAAACUUAGACAACCAAACGCCAGUUAAAAAUAACCAAAUGCUGCCAAUCUUUUAAUAAACUUCAAAUAUUACAUGUUACAUUUGCACCAUUUCUAUAGGUUUUUAGCAUUUAUGCCAUAUCUUAUACAAGGGAGCCUAAACUUGAAUAAAAAAAACUACCUUUCUUCGACAAAAAAACUGAAAAAUUCUCAAACUAAUUAUUUGCUAUUAAAUUCUAAGCCAUGACAUUUAAUUUUGAUUGAGACUUGGAUUUUGGGGUAUUUCAUGGCUUGAUGAACUAAAACUUUUAUGUUUCCAACAUAGACUGUAUACACUAUGGACAACUUGGUUUAGUCUUCCGCCAGUAUACAGAUUUGAAGCCGGAUUGCUCUCGGUAUUUCUGCGAUUUUUCUUUAUUUCCUGAAACCAACAUUGCGCAGUAGCGUUGUACACACUUCACCACUUGCCCAGUAACAUUGUACGCAUUUGGCGGGAGAGUCGCUAUGAUGGCACUCGGCUCAAACAGUGUAUCCCCUGGGUGAGCUCCGCAAUCUUCGUACCCCCUUAUAACUUUUAAAAAUGGAGCUGCACAGAAAAAAGAGGACUUGAAUACAAACCAGUCUUACAGUAGUUACAUGUCAACAUUGCAAGCAGGGGGGAGAAAAAAUUUCUAUUCUGUGUAAUAAAUUUUCAAAACUUUGCUCCAUAAGCUUUGCUGAAGGAGGCGGGAUUUAUGACCUAUACUGCAGCUCGUCACCAGAGGGUGCUGUUCUCAGAGUGGUUACACUCAGCAAGGAGGCAGACAGCAUCCAUUCUAUAUACAGUCUAUGGUUUUCAAAGUUGCAAUAAAUCUAUGAAAUUAUAAUGAUAUAUUUAUUGUUUUUUUGUUUUUUUUAAAUAAAUGUUUUUAUUUUAACCAGUUAGCCCUAUAAACUCUCUUUUACAUGACAGAAGUAAAUACUUUCCCCCUUUUCUUUCUUGCCAAGCAUUUGUUCAAACAAACAGAAUAAUCUGCCUUUUUUUGUUUCAGACAGUCAAGGUUAACUGAACCUUUUUUUAACGAUAGAGAUCUUUAAGCUUUGGUUGAAAAAGUCCUAAAGUUUGUGUAGACAGCUGAAUCAAACAAACACUGCUCUUAUUUCUCUGCAUCAAUUUGACAUUGACCUGUUUUGGAGCAUUCUUGUGCCUGUUCAGACUGAAGUCAUUGUGAAGACAUAAUUACAGUAAAUUAUGAUCAUUAGUGCUGAAAAGGUCCCACUAGCCUGUUGCAUCAACAGUGAGAGAACAGUACUACAUGCAGAUUUUGACUGCUUGCUGCAUGUUCAUAAAUAAUAAACUAAGUGUGACUCAGAGCAUGUACUGACUUUAAACACACUCUGAUUAUAAUUUAAGUUGCAGUGUGUUUUUGAUGAUGGUACAGUCAGAGACAGAGUCUGGCUGCAGACACACCCAUGGUGAUCACACGUUAGAUAAUCCUGUCUCAGCAGUAAUUCUGGAGUGGACACUGUGUUAUAGGAUGCCCUGUGUUAUUUUGUGUGGGGUGUCCUCGCUUGCUCCUUGUCAUUUGACCACUUGUGAUGUCACAUGGCAGACUCCGCCCACCUCUACCCGCCAAUGGCACUUCUGUUCACCGUCCCCCGUGGUUGUUUCUGUGCAGGUGGAGGAGAGAGGCGGGGCCAGGGAUGAGCAGAGAAAGCAGAAUGGAGGGCUGCAUGAGGAGGUGACUCCCAAACAGCACAGGAAACCUGAGAGGACCCCCAGGUACGCAAACACGCUGACACGCAUCCUGUGACAUCAUGGUUUCCACCGAGGCCAGAGUGGGGAGAGCCUGUCCUCGUAUAAAACAGCAUCUUUAAUAAAUUUAGAGAAGAAGUUAAAAGUAUAAAACCAAACAAUUCCUCUCAGAAAUAGUAAGAAUAUAAGCGACAUGAACCCAUGUUUUUAAUGAUUCACUUAUGUCUCAUAUCAUUUCAAACAGCAUUUUCUCACCCUCGUAUUCAAUCAAUACAAGUAAAGUAAAGAUGGAAAACAAAGUAUAGUUUUCACACUUCAUGAAUGUUUCAAAUCUAUUCAUGAAAGUUAUAUUGGGAUAUCAGAUUACCUUAAUUGUGUUGUGGAAAGUACACUUUCUUAUUGUUCUUGGAAAGCUGUGAAGAUCCAGUUACUAACAACCUGUUUCCAUAACAAGCAUCUAGAAGAAGGCACUGAUUUUGAUAGUUUGACAUCAAUAAUGUUCAUGGCUUAAAAAAAAUUCAUUUAAAAACUGUUAAAGUAGAUUAUAUGUUUGAAAGCUUGAUCAACUUACAAAACUGUUGAAGUGAAUCCUUCAUAUUUAAUGCGCUGUUACACCAGACCGACAGUGAUUCAUGUUCCAGUCUCGGUAUUUAAUGUCUGUCAAACAGCUGACUCACAUAUAGGAGCCUUGCAGCGCUGCCUUAGGUAUCUGCAAAAUGAUUGAAAAUCAUGUCUGAUUUAGAUUUCCAGCAAAUGAUUUGGUUCUGCUCAGCAGUCAACCGCGUCUGGGCACUCAUGUGUUUUGGUUCACCUACAGUUAAUCCCCACAGAAAGAAACCUGAGACGUGUUGUAACAGUAUCUCUGCUCAGGUGACUGCUGAUGUUUGAAUGUGUUUUUGCCUGUCUUUGAGUGUUUGCUUGUCCAUGAAGAAAACAAAUGCUGCAAGUGUGUGUUUAAAUAUUCAGUCUGUAUCAAAUGUCAAGCAUGAACCUGUACGUCAAGCAGCUCUACGCCCCUCAGAUUUGGUUUCCUGACCUGUUGUCUGUGCGUCUGUUUCAGUCGCGGCAGUGUUCGUUCCCCUGAGGUGUCCGCCAGUGACGAGCAGGACGACGCCGCCCGCCUGGAAGCUGAGCGCAAGCUGGAGGAGCUCAAGCGCCGCCGCGAUGAUGCAGAGAGUGAGGAGUUUGAGAAGAUGAGGCAGAAGCAGCAGGAGGCUGAGGUCGAGCUGGAGGAGCUGAAGAAGAAGAGGGAAGAAAGGAGGAAGGUGCUUGAGGAAGAGGAGAAACAGAGGAAGCAAGAGGAGACGGAGAGGAAAGCCAGAGAGGAGGUGGGAGUGAGCGGCACGGUGGAUGCUGUUUAACUGGUUCAGCUGAUGCCUUGUGUGUCCCUCUUGUCUCGGUCAUCCCAUUUCUACUUAAUUUUUGUUCUUAAAGUCAAAAUGAAAUGCAAAAAAAUGGACGUAAACAUUUAGGUAAAUAAGUGUAUUUUUAAAGGCUUUUAACUGUCAGUGGGCAUAUUUGUGUAAAAUACAUUCAGGAGUUGGUCUCUAGUGGUAGUAAAUGACUGGCAUUUGACAGCAGGUGUUGACAGGAGACAUGCCCACUUUUAUGGUGUCCCAGAUUUGUGUCUGUGAGGCCUGCGAUUAUUGACACACAAAUGUUUCUUUCCCGUUUCAAUAACUUUAGUAAAGCUGGUGUGCGUCAUCAGGGUUCAAACACUUUAUUGUGCUGAAAGGCAUGUAGAUCACUCACAAAGUGGAGGCUGACAAGCAACAGGAACCAGAGUAAAGGCCUGUGAGCUUUGUGUGCUUCAAAGUGAAGUAAGGACACAUAAAUCUAGGACUCAAAACAACUAAAAAGACGCAUCAUGACAGAUAUAUGACAGAGUGUAUUCAGAUCUAUCUUAAAGGCAAACUCUUUCCAUAUUUACUGUCAAAAAUACAUUAUGGUAAUUGGCAGUGUGUUUGUGUAGGAACAAGCAACAUCAACAAUAACCAAAAAAAGAAAUUGCUCUUUUGAUGAUGACGCACAUGUCCUGCUCUUGACCAGGCUAUAAAUAGUUAAAUGUAGUUUUAGUUUUGGGGGUUGUACGUAGGGUGACUUAGCAGAUUUUAAAGGGGCCAUGCUACCCCUCUAGACAGCUUACAGAGCAGUUUACAGCCAGCAGAGAGUGCAGAGUGGUGGUUGGUACAAUGUAAAUGUGCCUUUCCAUCUAAAGUACCAAGAACUUUUUACUCCAGGGACUUCUCUUCAAGGACCUAAGUGGUUCCUGUGGUCCACUAUUAUCUGUGGAGGUCCUAAAGUUCAGGGUAAAAACAAACAAACCAGUGUAAGUCAGUGACAUCCAGGGAAGGUAUCUGGAAAUAAAGUCACCAGUGCAGCUUGCAUCUCUUGAGUCUCAGCUGAAUUUUUAUUCAUAAAAAGGUGUCACAAAUCACAUUUGUGUAAAUUAUAUACAAGCUUAAAUUGUAACUAGAAUUGUUUCCUGAUGAUACUAACCCCUAAAACUAUUAUAAUGCCCAAAAGCAUCCCUUAGAUGAAAAAAUGAACAUCAACAGCAUCAGAAACUCAUAUUUAUACAUAAUCUUAUUGAUAAGAUAACAUUAUUAUCUACAAUAUAAUCAAAUGUCUGAAAUCGUAAGAUCCUGCCUCCUUAAGUCCCUGGGAUAUUAAAGUACCACCCCCUGAGUAGGGGCUUUUUAAUGGGUAGAUCUUUUACCCCAGAACCAACUCUUGUUCCUGCACACAGUUCCUCAAAAGCCCCCUAGUUCCUGGAGAAAAUUCCUGCAGUCAAAAAGCACCUUCUGAUGUGAAAUAUGUUGUAGAAAGUUAUGUUGGUGUAGCUGUAGCAUACAUAGCAGCACAAAGUCUGAAGAAGGAAACAGUGAAGCAUAUGAAGUAGAAUACAGAGAAGUUUCAAUGUUCUUAUACUGCAGUAACCAUCAGCCACGGUGUGGAAAGGUGUGCACAGCAGCAUUUUUAGUGGCAGUCAUUGUAUUUUUGGUGAAUUUAUUCUGCAGAGUACAAACCAGCAAAUGUGUAAUAUUGUGGCUGCAUGGCAUAGCAUCAUAACAUCUGAAUCUCUGAGUAAUAACCUCAUCUCACACUGGAAAUAACCCUCAACUCUUUGGUUUACCUAGAAAGGAGGAACAGCUGAAGGAGUAUCUUAUGGUAUAGCUUUCAGAGUGGUGUGUAUUUCGUCUAACUCGCUGGUCUCUUUCGUUUUUCUGAGUCAGUCUUUUGAACUUCACUUCCCAUAUUGUUUUUUCAUUGUUUUUCUCUCCAUGUAAUGUUGGUUUAGCCUCCUCAGCUGUGAGUCUGAAAGCCAUUCGUCAGGCUCACUCUAUGGGGCCUUUAUCUAUCCAUACUUCACUCUUAUCAUGACCCCAUGCAUUCAGGUCCCCUCCAGUAACUUGUGUAUGCCGGUCCCUCUUCCUCCUCUUAUUCCAACCCCACUGCUUUUGUAUCUCUAACGUGAUAACCUCUUCCUCCACUGCUGUCACAUCUGUAUUCAGCCACACAGUGCAGUUCAUUUUUCCUUUCAUCCCUCUUCUCCCAGUCCCCGAAUUCUCACUAUUACCCCGACUGGUCGUCUUUGUUGAUCUUGGCUCAGACUAUGGCAGCCCGUCUCUCGCUAUCUGCCCCUGUUCUUCUUCUCUUGUGUGAUGUUAAUGAGGCCUUUUGGUUGGUAAUUAAAAGAUGGCCCAGAGAUACAGAAAGACUAAUUAACCAAGACAAGGCUGCUGGAGAGGGCUGAUAUACUGCCAAGUACCAUUCCUCUUCUGAAUACAGUACAAACGAUUCAUUUAUUAAUUGUUCAGAAAAACUGUUGAUAGUCUACAGGUCUCAAGCUCUCCAGUAUGGCUUUUAUUCAGGAGGCAUACGGUCAUUGUAAAUAAGGAUUUGCUCUGAGUAAUUGAAUUAGUCUUUGACAGGCUCCAGUGAGUGCAUUAAGUAAAUCAAUUAGGAAGUGGCACAUAUCUGUUGUCUGGUUGGCUGAACCCCUGAUUGUUGGUUGUCUGUUACAAUAACCCAUGACAAUACGAACGUUUCUAUUGUUCCUGGUCUAACUUUAGACUUCAAUUUUGUUUCUGCUCUUUAUACAUCUGGGUUUGUUAGUUGGUCCCAGUUUGAGCCACUGGUGAACAGAAAGUGGGUUUUAGGCCUUUUCCAGGAAUAUAGGUUUGUUGAAGGGAUAUUCCAGCCCAAAAUUAAUUUAGGGUCAAACACACCGUAACACCGAGUUAGAGAUGAAUGUUGCCGACCGCUUGCCUCUCUAGUUAUACAGACUUUAGUAACCACCGCAGGAUAGCAAUACACAGCGGUCUGAGGAGCCAUAAACAAACCUCAACCAAAACGCCACUCUAUAGCAACAAAUAAUGCUCAGAACAGCACCUAACCUCAUUAACAGUACAUAUAGUGUCCCAGCCAUAGUACUAGCCACCAAACAUCUUUUUAGCUUUGCCUAAUUUCUUUAACAAAGAGACUAAACACAACUCACCUACUCUCUUCCAGCAGCCGCUUGUUUGUAGCGAGACCUUGGGUCAGUCCAUUACGGGCUACUGCGGGGUGACGCAGCUCAAGGAAGAACAUUUAUGAUCAUUUCUUUAUGGAAAUGCAAUCAGACUGAGACGCUAAGGCAGAAGAACUACGUCUGCAGUACAAAAUGAUUGAUAUGAUGAUUAUUACUUCAAGGAAAUAAUAAAGAAAUUAUCAUAAAUGUUCUUCCUUGAGCUGCGUCACCCCGCAGUAGCCCGUAAUGGACUGACCCGAGGUCUUGCUACAAACAAGCGGCUGCUGGAAGAGAGUAGGUGAGUUGUGUUUAGUCUCUUUGCUUAAGAAAUCAGGCAAAGUUAAAAAGAUGUUUGGUGGCUAGUGCUGUGGCUGGGACCCUAUAUGUACUGUUGAUGAAGUUAGGUGCUGUUCUGAGCAUUAUUUGUGGCUAUAGAGUGGCGUUUUGGUUGAGGUUUGUUUAUGGCUCCUCAGACCGCUGUGUAUUGCUAUCCUGCGGUCGCUACUAAAGUUGGUGUAACUAGAGAAGCAAGUGGUCAGCAACAUUCAUCUCUCGAGAGGAUGUCUAACUCAGUGUUACGGUGUGUUUGACCCUAAAUUAAUUUUAAGCCGGAGUAUCCCUUUAAGAGAACAUACAAGAGUAAUAGGCAUUUAGCAUGAGCAGCAAUAUCCAGUUUGAUGUGCUGGUACAAUACAACACCAUCUACAUUUGCUCCAGUUGAACUUUCAGAAGGUUUCGUACCAACUACAAAGGUUGAGCUUAGAGAAAAGUCACUUUUUUUAAGGUUGUGUGAUUGAACUAAACUGUCUGAGCUCUAAACAAACAUAUCUACCCAUCUCAGGAGGAGAAGAGGAAGAUGAAGGAGGAGAUUGAGAGGAGGAGAGCAGAGGCAGCCGAGAAGAGACAGAAGGUGGAAGACAGUGUGGAUGGAGAGGGCGGACCCUUCAAGUGUGUCAGCCCUCGAGGAUCCUCUCUGAAGGUCAGUCCACUAUGAUACUAUCUACCUCUGCCCUGCUGCCCACAGAACAGCAUCUGACUAUCUUAGCUUUCCAACUGACCAGUGCACAUCAGGUAAUCCAGACACUACAGGGUCUUGCACACAACAUUUCAGGUUAAAUUUUUAAAAGUUUUCCUUUCAAAAUCCUGAUUUUACACAAUAACAUUGCUAGCAGAUGUUGCUAACUGUAGCCAUCUUACAGUAGGUAUUACACACAAUUAUGGGUUGUUUUCUGCUGACUUCUAAUUGUUUUGAAAACAAUAUACUUAGGGGAGAGUGGUGUAAGUUAGCCAAAGGGUAAGUUAAGCCACCUCCUUUUGCUUGGAAAUGGUAAAAUCAUGUGACCAAAUAUUUAGGAGAUGGGCAUCAAUUCAUGGAGCACAUGGGUGAAGGGGUUCGACAUUUAUUUCCAAAAAAACAUUUUUCACCCUUGAAAGUGAAUUUAGUCUGUCAUAAGUUUGAUUAGAACUGUGUUCACACCAAAAAAAGAUCAUUUUAAAUUUGUUUCAUUGUGGUAUCUAUGAGCUACAACAUAAAAGUCCAACAUUUUAGAGGACUAUCAAAGUCAUAUUAGUAGUUCUGGGGUAAGUUGAACCAUUUGGCUAGGAUUAAGUUGAGCGAGUGGCUCAACUGAGAAAGUAAAGGAGUCUGAUGAGAGGAUCAGAGUUUCAGUUCAGAUUGUUGAAAUGUCUUGCUUUUUCUUUUCAGAUAUACAGCUGUGAAUGUUCUGAAUCACUUAAAGACAGUCUCAUGUUAAAAUGUCUUUUUUACAAAACAGCUUUUUAGCAGUUACAUGCAAUAAUAAUAAAAAAAACAAUAAUAAUUGUACCAGUUGAAUAGAGUAUAAUAGAUAAAAAUACACAUGAAUGUGAAGAAGUGACUGUUAUUUAGGGAGAGAGAAGGUGAGGGAGGGCUGGGGUGGAGAGUGGGGGGAUAGUAGGGAUACGGCUCAACUUACUCCGCUCCUAUGGUCAACAUACCCCAUACACGGGGUAAGUUGACCAUAGGAUUUACACUCAUUCUGUUGGUUUGCAGGGAUACACAAAAUCUUGAAAUAUAUGCAAGUACACAAGUUAGAGACAAAACUAUGAUUGCCUUGAUGUAGUGAUCUGAAAUAUGAAAAAUGGCUCAUCUUACCCCACUCUCCCCUAUUUACUAACUGGCAACAUCUACAGAAACUUACACAUAACAGGUAAAUUAGCAAAGGUAGCAUCCUCACCAGCUGAUUAACUGUGUAGCAGUUUCCUAAUUUGUAUUUCUGUUCUAGUCCGUUCCAUCAUCAAUCUUUUGCUGUUACAUCCAGUGAAUCAGAAUAUGAAGCUGUAGAAUUAUGUUAGCACCCACAGUGUGACUGUGAAUAUAGUCAUCAAGCAUGAGCUCUGACCCCAUUAACCAGCAAAGUAAACUGAAGUCAGGCUCAGAGCUGAGGAUAGAUGGUUCAUCUCUUACUUUAAGAGUGUUAGCCAAAAAUACUAACAAAUCAAUGUAAACAAGUGACAAGUACAGUCUUCUGUUCUAGCUGCAGAUGAUUUCUUUACCCUGUAAACCUUCUCAACACAUGGAGUGCUAUAAUUUAAAUGCUACCAUAAACAUGAAUGAAUGAAUGAUGGCUCCACAGGAAACAUUCAGUAAGAGGGUUAAAAAUCAAUUUCAGUUCUGGAAAUGUUUGUAGCUUUAAACAGCGAGCUCUUGUGUCCCUUCCAGCACAGUUGUCAGCAUAACAGAGUCAAUAUAACAGUUCUCAAAACCGCACAAAUCCCACUCAUCCGGCAGUGCAGCAAAGCUCAAGCUAAACAUCCCAAAUAUUUGAAAAGAUUAAGGACCAGAUGACCCGCAUCUGCCCCUUUCACCUCGCUCCGCUCUACGUGAAGUGUUUUCAGACUGAGGCGUUUAAAAAUAGUAAGAACUGUCCCAGACUAGAGGAGAUAAGGGGGAAAAGUCAUAUAUUUUAAAAAUCCUGAUUUAUUCUUUUGUAGGCUUUGAAAUUUUUGCUGACUCAUUAACCUGCUCGUCAAAGACUAAAAACAUCCACCAGCGUUUGCCAACACCGGGUCCUCCAAAGAUAAAUGGCUGUCACUGUGAAGGGGUGUUUAAUCAAGUCAAAUAUGAAUAAAUGUUUCCAGUGUUGCCAAAAGCCAACUCCCACACAAUCAAAAUCAUCGGGGAUUUUCAGCCAGUGGAGAAAAUCUAAUUAGUGACAGUUAGCAGUAAUAUCCAUCUGGCCUGUCCCACAGAGACUCCAGAUUCUGGGCUUGGCUUUAACGGUGUGUGAGCUCUGUUUGUGCUGGAUUCAAAGACUCUGUUUCUUUCUGGUCACUUCUGUAACUGGUGUUCAACUGUUCCUCUCCACAUGACCGCGGUACAGACAGGGCUUUACUUUGUGGUCAUGUUUACAGUAGGUACAGCUGUGUGUCAGAGUGGGCUUGUGUGUGUGGGGUGUCUCGCUGUGUUUUGUAUGAAUCUUUGCUUUGCAGUAAUAUCUUUUGAAUCAUCAUGUUUCGUCCUUCAGCUUUAGAUGAUUGUUUUAAUCGUCAUAUUCUAGAUAAAUCAUAUUUAGAUUUUUGGUGCCUGUUUCUAUGCUGUGUUCCCCCCACUCCCCUGAUCACCAAAAUAGCAUGCAUCCCUCUGAGAGCAGGCAUUAGCAUCAUCAUUACCUUUUACCACAGUGUUUUCCCUGUCAUGCAAUUAUUCUUUUUGUUUUUUUGUUUUUUUUUACUGUGCAUCUCUGUAUUAAUGAUCACCUCCCAAAGGAACACACAGUCCCAGAGGCUUGCUAACGUUUUAUCAGAAUAACCUCGCUCUGCACAUUAGAUAAAAACAGUUUCCUAUGGAGGGAGAAGGACAGCAGGAAUGAAUGAAGGACAGGCAGCGAGUUGCAGGAAAGUGAUUAGGGUUAACAGGAUUACUGUAACAGCUUCGUAUGGCCACAGCUCGUUAAAACGCAUAUGAGAAUGGGGAAUUUCCUGUCGAGGAGUAUUUUGGGAACUCCCACAUUCGGUAGCAGCCGAGCACAGGGUCUUUUUCACAGGGACAGAGAGGGAGAGCUUUUUCUGCAUGUUCUUUUGUCCAUUUUGAGUUUAUUUUUACACAAGUGUCUGAGGAACGCAUGCUUUGCUCCCUCUUUUAGCCUUUUUUCCCCCCACCAUAUUAUAAACAAGCCUCUGAGAUUCCCACAGUCCAACAGCAGACAUGCUGUGUUUUUUCUGUGUGUGUGUAUGUGGUGGUGGUGGUGGUGGGGGUUGUGUGUCUGUGUCUUCCACAGCAUGUCGCACACAGGGGGAACAAUCUGCGACAUUGUUUGUUGUCGUUAGACAGAGUUUAGCUUUAACGCAUGAAGAUAUGAGACAUGAAGGAAAAAUGUGUCGUAAAUUUAUUACUGUGUGAGUCAAAGAAUAAAUGGAGGGGAAGUAAAGUGAAUACUCACAUUAUGAAGAAGUGCUGGUGAUUACAGGGUCUGCAUGUUGAAUUAUUGUAACAGUGCUCAUAGAAACAAUAAAGGCUCGAUAGAAAUAUGGAAACCAGGAGAAGGGUUGGGUUAAACAUCUGUUUUAAGGCUUUGAGGAGUGAUGGGAAAUGUGUGUAGUGCAGUGUGUAUGCAAGUAUAAAUUAUUCAUUAACCCAGAUUUCUACUAACCUCUCUCCACAGAUCGGGGAGAGGGCAGAGUUCCUGAACAAGUCGGCACAGAAAAGGUGAAAACAUACAGAAACAUAUUUUUUUUCCUUCCAGCAGAGAGAAUUAGACUCGCAGUGCUGUUUUUCAGAAUAAUGUAAGUUUUAAACUCCAUGAAGGGCAGUAAGUGUGCUCUCUCAGGGCACUAAGGAUAAAAUGGUUGACUACACUUGGUAUGAUAUUUAAAGUGGUCCCAUGCCGUGUGGACUAACUUUUACUUCUGCUCAGCAGCACGGUGAAGGCAGCUCAUUCCCCUGUGGUGUCCAAGAUAGACAACAGGCUGGAGCAGUACACCUCAGCUACUCAGGUAAACACCAUUUAAAAUAGAAAAGUGAAACACACUGCAGCACAGAGGCUGCACAUAACACGUGUUUCAUCCCAUGCUAUACAAAUCAUUUGAUGAAGCUCCGAGCCAAUUUCAGGAAUUCAAUGACAUGUCUUUCAGCAACUCAUACACAAACAGGAAAACAUACAAGGAAUAAAUUAGACAACAUUUUAUCAUGGAGUAUUUAUCAGGGCCGCUGACACAACAAAAAAUAUUCAGAUUUGGAAAAGGAAGUAUUUAUAAGCAUAAUGAAAUCAUCAUGAUAAUCAAAUUGUGUAUAAGAAAAAAGUCAGAGUUUGAGUCUGUUGUUAGCCUAAUACUCAAUCUGAGCUCCACAGUGUUGUAAGUAUCAGGGUUAGUGUCGUGGGAUUGGUCUAGGAAAUGAGUCUCCUCUUGACAAAGGCUCUCUGACAGACAGCCUACACAAACUUCUGCAACUGCUUUUUAUCCGAACUUUAACUUCACCAGAUGAGCCAUGUUCCUUUUUUUAUUUCAGGCAGCUAGCCGCACUUUUGAGUUUCUCAUACAUGUUUUUUUAAACACUGAUAAUCUCAGUGGUUUCAUCCUUAAUAUGGCACUAUUUCCAGGCAUAGUAUUUUUAUUUUUAUAUUUCAAACGGGUAUAUAAUGAUAUGCUUAUUUCAGAUAUAUUGUAAUGAUUAUAAUGUACUGGCUGAAAGUCCACUUUUAGUGAGCUCAUGGGAGGAUUUUUCUCAUUUCUGACUUCAUUCUGUUUGAGUAAGUGGCUCCAGCAUUGUCCUGAUUUUAUACAGCUUUUGAUUUUCAUGCUUAAAGCACUGCAUUACAUUUUCCACUGUCAAAAAAGGAGAAAAAAACAUUUAAUUCUGCAUUAAAAUGAGGCAACAGACUCAUAUUAUGCUGUAAAUGUGUUGCAUUUGUAUGAAACAUGUAAUAGUUGUUAUCACCAAACGAAAAAGGACACAUGUGUAAGCUUUUAUUAGCCCAGCCCUCUCCUGCCUUCCCAUCACCUCCUUAAAGCCACCACUUUGUUUUCACAGAGAGAGAACAAGGAGUCCCGAUCCCCUCGCUCUGGAGCGGUGGAUCUGCCCAUGGUCACUGACAGCAUACGAAACAUCAAGAGCAUGUGGGAGAAAGGCGACGUGUUCAGCUCGCCUGGAAGUGGCGGAAGCACAUUCAAGGUAAAAGAGGAGGUGAUGGGGCAUGUUAAGUUUCGUGUGUGCUUGUGAUGCUGAAGUGAGAGAGAGAAAAGAGAGGAAUAGAGAAAAAAAGGCCUGAUUCACUGGUACUUCCUGCUCAGCCCUGUUGCCGGUGACGACCGCGCUUAACUGACUUUUGACCUUAUCCAAACAGGAAGCAGCUGUGAUGAAGACAGGCGUGGCAGGCCGCAUCAAUGACUGGCUGAAUAAAACCCCAGAGAGCGGCAAAACGUCAGGAGGAAGGCCAGCGGUAGGUCGUUGCCAUAGCAACCCUUGUCACUGCUGCAAAAAAGUACAGGUCUCGUAUCACAUCACAGUAGAUCCAGCUGUCUCUCAUGACCGGUGUAAACAACUUUACAUGUUGGUGGAUGUAUACCAACAUAAUAGAAUUUAUCACAGCCAAUAUUUGGGACUCCUGUUGGAGUUUAUUCUGUAGAAAACCUGAAAAGAUGGUGAAACAAAAGCUGGAAAGAAUAAUGAUUUAUCAAUGAAUUCAAAAAGUAUUUAACACUUUUCUAAUUCUAUAGAUUAAUUUCAUAUUAUUCACGCCUGCUCAUCAUGUGGGUAGAUUAGUUAGUUGGUGGCGAAAUAGCUGAGUGGAUAGGUAGAUAGCAAGAGAGCUAGGUUGAUGUGUGAGUUGGUUGGUAGGAGAGUAAAAGGUGGGUGUAUGUGUGGGUAGAUAAUACAUUAAUGGGUGCGUAGGUAGGAAAGUAAGUAGGUAGCUAGUCAUGUCAGUGGGUUAUCAAACAUCACCUAGAAUAAAAGUUAGAAUAAACUAGAUACUGUAUUUUAUAUACUUAACUAUUCUGACCCCUGAUGAUGAGGUGUAUUUUAGUUAUCACGAAUACCUGAGAAUUGAAAAUCAUAUACACCUGUAACAAAGCAUCCGGCACUUUGUUUGCAUUUCGCUGGAGAAUGUUUCUCCUCUGUUUUUCAAAGUCAGACCAGUUUUUUUCUUUUAGACUUAGGCUGAUGUGGCAUUGGCACAGACAAAUCAAGUGUAAACAACAUUUGGUUCUGACAGAACUUGUUGGGUUGUUUGUUGUUUAUCAGAUUUAGUUAAACCAAAUUCAAACAGACUGUAAAAACAUGUUAGUCUAGGGGUUUAUAAACACAGGUGUCCUUUUGAGGUCAUAUCACUUUUAAAUUCUGAAUUUACUGCUAAACUAUUAAAGAAAUAGGAUUUCAGCAUACUUUUGGGUGAUGGUGAAAUCAAAAGGAGACUUCUGAUUUCUGUGAACACUAAUUUGUAGACAGUUGUGCACAGAAACAUUUUAAUUCUGGUCUGCUUCAUAACCUUCAGUUUCCUCACUCUUGUAUCAUCCUGCAGCAGAAAUAUAAUUUCCAGACUGCUGCUGCUCGUGUUCUGCAGACUUUGUGUUUUCUUCGGGUCAUUUCUGACAGAUUCAGUGGAGCUGUUCAGGUUGAAGCAGCAUCUGUCUGGCACCACCUGGUGGUCUUAAAGAACAAAAACAAAGUUAAAGAGCUUACUGUCGUGCACCCUUACCUCGCUUCUACAUCAGAAAUAAAGGACACGCAGAUAUCCUAGAGUUGGCAUCAGUUUGGUAAACAGUGUCACUUAAGCAUUUUAUCUUCAGCUUAUCAUAAGCUAUGCUAGCAGGCAGACAGCAAACUCCAUUAUCGGGCCUGUUUGUGUGGAUGGCUGCAUGCCAGAUUAUCUCACCUCUCAUCACUUCUACCCAUAUCUCUCCCAAAUAUUUACAUUAGAGCCCUCUGUGCUGGAUUUAGCUUUUUCUUAAAUAUGUCUCAUGUAAUGUUGAGGCUGAGCGUGUGAAAAGAAAACCAUAUUUCAAAGAAGAGAACAUUUCGACUGUAAUCCAAGGCCACAACAUUAACAGUUCCUCUUGAAUAUUACUUCGCAUUUUCAUUGAGUGUCUUCAGGGCAAUUGCCUGAGACUCAUAAUAAGAGUGCUAUUUUCCACCUCCUCCUGUAAGCACCACUCUGCUCAUUAGUGUCUGUCAACCUUUGCUCUCACUGCUCAAGUUUUCUGUCAUCCCUCCCCCCUCUGUGCUUCAGGUACUCUUCCACUUGUCACAACACCGUGAUCAUUUUCAAAUUGAGACAAAUGCUGAACACUCUGAACACGGCUGAUAUGAUCCUUUGUCUCCUGCUUCCUAUGUCCUCUCUGACAGGACCUGAAGCCUGUUGAUGUCACCAAUAAGAGGAGUCUAUGGGAAAACAAAGGAGCCUCUCCAACCAAGGUAACUGUGAUUUAUAGGAAAUUUUUCUCGCUCUUUAAACGUUAGAAAAGCAACAGCCUCACCCACUUGGGAAAUUCCAAAUGAGCAUUACACAUGCUGGAGUUUGUCCAGAUGAAGUUUCUGCAGUGCCAAAUUGGUGUAGUGGUCUUGGAAAGCUUCCUCAUGGUUGUUCAUGCUUUUCCAGCUGUUGUUAGAAGAAUAUCUCACCAUACUGUGACUCUGAUGUUACAAAAAAAUGGGAGUAACAGUCAUUUCUGUUUGCUGUUUUUGUUUGUUUUUAAGAACUCUCAUAGCUAGUUGACCUCACCGUUAGAUCUGGAAUAAGCCUGGAGAGGUAAAAAGAGUCAUUGUUCCUCAUUUCUUUAAAGCGCUUCUCACAGAGCGAGCUCACACUGCUGUCACGCUGUCGGCUUUUUGGCAAAGCUGUGAUCUGAUCUGAUCUGCUGUGGCUGGACACUGCUGCUUUUUUCAAUCAGGGCAUUAAAUAUCUGUGAACCACAGUUGAUAAUUUAUGAUGUGUUUACUGACACUUUUACUGUCUGAAUCAAAUAACCAAAGACUACACUUCGGUUUUAUUACGUUCUUUAAACAAGUUGAUCCAACACAAAGUAAAGUACGCAGAAAACCACACACUGGAUAAUAAAUGGAGUAAUUACAUGGUCAUUAAUAAACUACUUAUUUGCACUUUCAUGUCAGCACAAAUAUCUAAAGUUAAUUAUGAACUAAAUGAAACAGGAAUUGGGGGCAUUAACAUUAGUUUACAGUUUUUAUUGUUUACCUAUAAAAACAAGAAGAAGAAUAAGUAAUACAUUUAAUAACGAUAAAUAUGCAAAUUCAAAUUACUAGUUGUGGUAUAUGUCUGCAUAUUUCACGAAAAAGGGGCUAUAAUACAUAAAUGUUUGAAUGGAUAAAUGUGGAAAACAUAAUUAGAAGUCAGACCCAAACAGUGGAAGUACAUUAAAGAACAAACAAGUGUGAUAGGAUAUUGUUUUUGUAUAGCUGAAGUUGUAAAAAGGUUAUUGUAGAUAGUCAUGGGUAAUGCUCGGCCCCUCUUUAUGAGGAACCUGGUGGGAAUGGGUAUAAAAAAGCUACUCUAUCAACUACAGCAGGCAGAUCUAGUUUAUCGUGAAAUUCAGCUUAUUUAAAGAAAGUCUGACCAAACUUUUACUGUCAGUGUAAAAAGAAACUUUUUAGUGCUUUUAGAGACCCGUGUUCAAGGAUCCAUCGUCUGCAACACACUUAUCAACCAACCAGUUCUAUGAUGUAUGAGUCAGACUGAUUGUUGUCCACGUAUAUGUGCUUGGCAUUAUGGCUGUGACUCACUUUUUCAGUUGUUUUUUGUCGACCUGAAUGUCUGAUAGGUGGCCUGUAGGUGGAGGAACAUGCGUACUAAUACAAUGAAUAUCGUCACCCUGUUUAAAUAAUGGCCUAAGUCAUUUUUUGACAAAAAUGAGGAUCAUGGCAUCAUCCUUUCAACUAAGGAUUUAUUUUACCAGAGAUGGCCAACAUUAUCAAGGGACGAUUUAGGCAAAAACUAAUUUUCGUCAAAAAUAGACCAUAAUUUUAAUAUGGUGACGAUAUGAUGUCAGGCUGUAACUUUCUUAGAGUUAUGUGGUAAAAUUAUUUCAGUAGCGGAUAGCCGAGCCCCUCUGCCUGCUCUGUGCUCAGUUUCUCAGUAAAGGGGUCGAGAUGAAUUUGCUUUUGAAAUAAUCAGCAUCAGUUUCUUGUGAAUGAAGAAUCUAAUUGGAGAGCCAACAUUGAGGAAAACUCUAAAAGGAUGUAAUUAUCACCGUUUACUUCAUAUUGAGCAAUAAGCAAUUUUCUUUCCUACAUACACAUACAGCUUUAAGAAAUAAAACUUUAACGUUGUGCAGCAUUUCUGCCAGAUGUUGAAAGUGCUGUGAAAUAAAAAGGGAACAAAGUGAGCCUAUCACCAGAGCCUGUUUUAAAGGAUUACGCUGUUGACUCCAUUAACACCCAUAACUUGUAAAAGCCGACUCAGGAGAUUAGAGUUCGGUGUAAACUCAGAGUCGUAUAAAAACCUGAACAGUGCGCCUGUCGUCCAACUGCAGGCUGGCUGCUUUACCCACAUGGCUGUAUCACAUUGCCGCUCCUCCUUCUGAGAACCACAAAUCACCACGCUCAGCCCUACUUCACUUGACUUUAUAUCGCCCUAAUGGAAAAACUGUUUACAGCAGUUUUUACAGGCUCGGCGCCUUGCUGUGUUGAGUUACGUCAGUUUGACAGGAUUGAAUCAUUAUUACCUCGCACUGUCAAACAUGUCUGACUAACCCGACAUGAAUGAAAUCUCUUACCUUUGUUUGUAUAAAUAGACAUGAAGCUGUAUUUGGAGAGCAGCUCAAUAGACAGUAAAUACAGAAACCUACCUCUCUCACUUUAGCUGUCCUUCCUCCUCCCUUCCUUCCUUCCUUCCUUCCUUCUUAGCUUCCUACCCUGGUAGCAGUGUGUGCUUUGCGCCAGCAGCUGCAGUGCGGGCUGGAGGCUGUGGUCCACCACAGUAAGGGUUGGGGUUGGAGGGCAGCAGGCAGUAGUCUGCACUGACGUAAAAUGGGCCUUGGACAGGAAAUAGGUCGGUCGGCAGCCUUGUUAUUAGCAAAUCAUGCUAUAUGAGGGCAAGAUGGAGAGGAAAACGAUGGUGGGAGAGAUCUGGAUGGAUUGAAGAGGCACAAUAGGUGAAAGUGUAAGCUGAGGAGUGGCUGUAAGCACUUUUGAUGUUAGAGGGGAAGUGCUGCAGGCAUCUCUUGAUCAUUCUUGCUGUUUAACCUUCCUGGCAUCAUCUCUUUCAGGUGGCAGGCAGAGGAGAGACCAAAUCAGUCGCUAACGGUGAGUUCUCACGAAGCACAAUAGCCUGUCAGUCUGUCACUGCAGAGCUUGUUAAUGUGUGCAUACAGGAAUAAUGAUGACACACAGCAGUUUUCACUAAGACACUCUGACUAGGAUGUAGCUCUGUGUUUAAAAAAUCCAGAAAGCACUUUUUUUGUUUUUGUUUCUGAAUAUUUUGCGGUCUAUUUGCAUUUCAAGUACAGUUAAUUCUAACAGCAGACCACUCCAUAGCAGCAGUUAUAAUAAGACUGAAAAAAUAACCAAAAUCCUAAAAUAAUAGAAUAAAAUAAAAAUAACUGUUGAAUGAAAUGCUGUAAAAAUGUCAGGAAUGGUAAUAAAAACAUGAUAACAAGAAAAGAAUUCAGCUCCACAGCACCAUAAAAUGUGAUACUGUUUAUAGUUACUGUAAAUGCCAGAUGCCAUGACACUUUUUCAUAGUUUCAAAGAUGAUCAUGCUCAGAACUGUUUCAUGCUCCCACAAGACCGCACCCAUGAAUAAACAUGUCCAAAACUAGCAGCAGAGGAAACAAGUGUGACUAAAAUCAUGUGAUCACUCACUGGCUUCCCUUCUAUUGUGAAAGUGUUCAAGUGCUUUGGCAGGAGAGUCAUUUUUGCAGGUAUGACCUUCCCGUAAAGUUUGUCAUGUUGUCAGUGGCUCUUUGAUUUAUACCACAGCAUGUGUCUUCGUCUGGUAACUGGCCCUUUCACAGCCAACCCUGUCGUCUUUUUCAGUUUCCCUUUGGCCUUUUACUCCACAGUACUUUGGGAUGCCGGUUAAACAUUGCUUUCUAUUUUAAAAUCAUAUCUGAACCCAGACACCUCUUCCUUUUGUUCCUCCUCAUGGGAAGAAAAGAAGUUUUAGCCUUGAGGGAUUCCAAACAUGACUUUGAGCACAUAUUGGCAAACACCAAUCUAUAAACCCAAUGUGUCCUCAACAGGCGUCUUAGUGCCACUCAGCUUCUCUCAAAAGUGUCCCUGCCAGGCCGGGUUGUUGCAUUAUUCCCUGGUACGUUGGGAGAUUAGCACACCGUCACAGACUAACUCAGAUGAUGACAGAGGAUUUGUUCAGAUUUGGGACUUGUAGCUUUGAUUUAGCCACAUGCUAUAACAGACAUUUGACACCCCCUUCCCUCCCCAGGAGACAGCAGCUUCACACUCUUUACAUGCCUGACUCUAAGAGAGAGCUUUCAAAGUCAUGUUCACCAUGUGGGAAUGAUGAACGUGGAAACUGUAAUCUACCCGACUCCUUUGACUUCAGAGAGAUCACUCUUUAGUAAUAUUUUUAUUCAAUGCUUCACUCAACUUAAAAAUAUACAAAUAUCUAUAAGUGCUACACAUAUGAGUAAAUCAGAUUCAUCCAUUAAGUGUCUGAGAUAUUAACACAGAUGAGCUCAGGUGGUGGAAUGCGGUGGCUCUGCAUCUCUUUGAGGUUGAACAUUCAUACGGCAGUGCUAAUAUGCUAAUGUCACAGGUAUAAGGUUGUCCAUCUUGGUUUAGGUGUCAACAUAGUAGCACUUACUUGUCAGCAUUAGUGGAAUAUCAAAGUGUUAUUUGGAUUUGAAUAGCUCUGAGGGUAUUUGAUAAUAUCCAAGAGUGUUUUAACACACUCUGCUGACUAUUAAAGUAUCAAUUACUGAAAUAUUCCUAGUGUUAAAGUGAGGACAGGGGUAUAGUAUUCAGUGAAUUGUUAAAAAAUACGUUCAAAACAGUUGAGUAUGAAAACAGACAUUUGUAUCACUUUGGAUCGUACUGACAUUUGAAAAAGUUGACCCAGUAACAUACUGCACUAAAAGCAGGUAACCUUUCUUAAGUUUUACAGUCAGCAUCAAGUUCCCUUUAAACUACAUGUUAACUGUUUGACUUCAACACUUCACUGUGGUGUUUGUGGCUUUGUUUGACCGUCUGGGUCAAAGGUCAGACUCAUGAACCCGCAGCUGUCUGCAGACGUGCAGUGAAGUCACUAACAGACUCGUCUCGUCUCUCUCUUUCUAGGUAUGGGACAUUAAUGUCUUGAAAGAGCCACUAAAGCUGGGGACCACGACAAUCUGAGACUCUUCCUUUUGACUUUGUCUUCAGAACCAAAUAAUGAUCACAUUUCCAAGACGGACCCCGAAAACCUGAGGGACAGCAGAGAGGUUGUCCAAGCACUGUACUGAAACAGCAUCUUAUUUUUGUACGGUUGCCACAUAAAGUGCCUUUGCACAAAUAUUCUUUUUGCUUUCUAAAGGAAAAACAAAAUGCUGUGAAAUUUGGACUUUUGAAUAACUUUAACUAAUUACUUUUUUUUUUUUUACAAUCCUUUCAUGAAGAGAAAAACUAAUUAAAUUUUAGAUGAUCUGAUGUUCUCCAUGCCGACUGUUUUGUUCAGCAGAGAGUAGAUGAGUUUCCAAAGAGAUGGGUGAAAUCGGCUCUCUCCCUCCAACAGUUCAUUUUCCAUCUCGCUUUUUUUAUUUAUAUUUAAAGGAAAAGCUUCACACAUUCCUAUUUUAUUCAACGUUCACCAGGUCAGGAUAGAAAUAUAAGCACUUCUAGAUUUUAGCUGAUUUCACUUUUAUUAUGUCUUACCAAUAGUGCAGCAAUGGUCUGAGUAAUAUAUGUUAGCACAUGUGAUGUUUUUGAAUAUUAUACUGUAUCUUAUAUAACAUCUUUAUACUCAUAACAAAAAGUAUUUUUGCUUCUUUUGUAUCUACAAACUAUUCACCAACAGGCAGUUCAUUUAGGAGGUGAUAGGAUCGUGGAAGAAGGCCAUUAUGACUUUUAUUAUCCUAUACGUCAUUUUAUUUAUGUUUUCAUGUGUCCUUUUAUACUUCUGUUUUGUAGCUUUUGUACCUGUUUGAUCACUUUAAAACCUUCAAACAUUCCUCUUUUUUAGCAGGUGCACCAGGUGCCUUUACUGCUUUAAAGCCUUAGGUUUUAUAAUGUAGAAAAUCUGCAGACCAGCCCUCUGUCUUUAAUGUACCUUCAACUUCUUUAUUGCCUCUAUGCACACUCUCACGCUCAGCAUUAUUCUUAAAAGUAAUGGCAUACAAAGCAAAUUCAGGGUGCUUAGGCAGAAUAGUGAGAUAAUAGUUAAAAACAAGGAUCUUUACCACUAUGUAACUCUUCUGGCCUUAUGAUUGCAAUAAAAACUUUUUUUUUUUGUAUUUGACAGCUGAGGUACAUUACGUGAAAGCCUCACAGCAACUCAGUAUGAUAUUAAGACUUGUGACUAAAUGUUUCUUCUUCACUGACAUGGCCUUAAGUAGCACACUCCUUUUCCUAGUUUUUGCACAAUGCAAGCUCUGUUAAUUCUGACUGUUUACCGGGGCAUUAAAUUGAUUGACAUCUCUGCUCAAAAGUCUGACAAUCACAUUCCACGGCUCCUGAAAAGAGCAGGGGGGCUUGACCAAAACAUUUGAAAGUGUGAUUUAAUGUGACAUUUAUGGUUUUUUUUUAAAUACAGUGGUUUCAUAAUGCUGUUUUGUUCUUUUUUUUUUUUUUACAUCUUUGUGUCCAUUUUUAUUCCAUGUUUAACCAGACACUUGUUGUUUGUGUAGCGCUAAGCCUAUGCAGAACACACUAUCUGUAGUCUAUCUAAGCACUCCCAAUGUCACACAAGUGGGCCAUUUUUCAACUGGAUGAAUGUUUUAAACAUUGUACCAAUGACUCAACAACAGCAAUAAAGACAUUGAGGUAUUCAGCUGUGUCGUGUUUCCUUUCUUAACUUCACCCCCGGUUUGCUCUGCUUUGUUAAAAAUCAGGUAAAAUAGUAGCAGGAUGCUGUCAGACAAUAAGACUCCACCAACACAUCAUCUAACAACGUGAUUAAAAGUGGUUGAUUAAUCCUUUUCAAAGCUUUUGAAUUACUCUACUUGCCCACCAUUUAUUAAUCAUGUGAUAUAAUCGAUGAAGACAGAUUAUUAUCUUCAAAUGGCUCUUUUUAUUUUCCAGUUGCUCUCAAAUCCAUCUUGAUGAAUAGUUUUCUUCCCCACUUUAUGUUCCCUUUCCCUCGCCUCAUUUCCUGUUUAGCCAAUGCCAGCUUAAUGAAGCUAACUUUUGUCGAAUAAGCAUGGGUGCACAAACAGAGCUGUAGAUCUAUAGAUAAUCAGGAGAAUAAACAAAUCUUGUUGCAUAUGAUUGCAUUUUAGUCAAUAUAAGGUUUCAAGGGCAGUGAAGGGACCCGGUCUUUGUGGAGUGCGCCGUGGCUCUCUGUGCUGUCAGGAAGAUUGUAAUAGCAGGUUGUCUCCGAGCAGCACGUUAGAUUAGCCUGGAGCGCAGACUGCCGUAAAAAGGACAGACUAAAGUAGCAGCACUUGUCAAGUCCUUUGUUGUUUUCAAGGACUGUCAGAAUCAUUGUUAUAAUGAGUGGUGUCAGCCUGAGUAAAUACUUUCAUUAUGCAGCAGGAUUCGGCUGUUAAUUCAUUAUUGAAACAGAUUGAAUGGUUUCAGUAUGAAGCUGCUGAGAGCUCUGUCACAUCUCAAAAGAAAAUGACAGAACUUUCACAGUCUAUCUUUUUCUGCCCAAUCAUGUUUUGAAAGGGAACAAGUGGUGUUUUCAUUUUCUGGCCUUGAAGACAGCAGAGUACUCGGAGGCAGCAUUCCUCUCCAGGUAUAACUCAUCUUCUGCCUCCAACAAUAGAACCGACAACCCUCACCAGUCAUAGAAAAGAAAUGUGGUCACAUGAUGGACAGGGCUGUAUUAAGUGAGCUUUUUUUGUAGGGGAGGAUGAUUGAACUUGUCUUUGUGUGGAUGUCAAAGAAUAAGACCUGAAUUUGCUGCUAAUCUCAGCUCUUUCUCAGGGAUAUACAGGAGGUAAGACUUCAGCUUUGAGAAAACUAAUAUCAUCUGAUGUUGAGAGUACAGUUAAAAAAUAAUGGAUAACAUUCAGUUUACUCACAAAAAAAUCUGACAAAGACAAAACCCCCUCUGCCUAAUCUUACUUCUCGCUGUUUCUCAUUCAAAGUCUGAAAUGUUGAAUAAAAUCAGUUCAGGCGUUGCUUAAGCAGCCUCCUAAAGAUUUUAUGAUGUUUUUUCUUUGAUGUAUUCUGAUCUGAGCAGAGCGCACGAUGGUGAAAAAGGUGCUAAUCUCGCCCCUGAGACUGCUGUGUCGGUAGCAUGCUUUGGGCUUUGACUUAAUGCAGCCUAAUGCUGAAACCAGCGCCCGCAACAUUCCUGCCGCUGUCAGACUGUGUGUUAUUACAAAGUUUCAGCCAGACGGGACUGACCGCAUGCAUUAAAGCAAAUACACAUUUAAUACCCCAGCCAUGACAAGCAUCAUACACUGCGGAUUCUUUCUGGGUUUCCAGUCAGUGCUUUUCUUCCACCAGAUGGCUUUUCUGUCUUUUUAGGUCUUACAUCUUCACAUUUCUCCUUUGACGUCAGAUUCUUAAUAAUCUAACAGUACAAGAAAUACCUACUCAGUGACACCAGAACCAUCAUGUUUAAAUUUGAGCAGAUAUGCUACAGAAUUUAAGCAAAUGUCUAACACUGGUCAGUGUUUAUAUGAGAAAUGUGCAGCUGGUGUCCUGAACAUUUCAAAAAAGGAGAGACAAAAAGUUGGAUUGAGGCAUGUGAGGCUCGUUUUGUUUUUAUCCAAGCAUCACCUGAAACAAAAUGUCAUGAUUGUUACUUAAAAAAAACCUGGAAUAAACUUGAGGUCUAGCAGCAAGACAGACCUGCAAGGCAUUGUUGUUAAAAUGUCCCCAAGCAGCAGCUGACCAAACCACAGCAGCAAAAAUAGCCUGUCUGCUCAUUGAUUUACUGUGAGCUCUGCGAGGUGAGCCAAAGCCAUUGUCUACAGGAGCAGCUCCACACCUGUUCAAAGGCCCACUCUAUUAUUCUUAAAAAUAGACCCUCUCUCUCCUUCACUGUUCUGACUCUGGUGUUUAUGAGCUGUUUUAUUGCAUAUGCCCUUGGAAAAACGUGAUCAGAGGGACUGAACAACCAUGCACAGCACAAUCAUGUUCUAAAAUUUCACUGAUAUUUAUUGUAUAUUUAUACACAAAGGAGUAAAUGAUCUCAUAUCCAAUCCAUGUAACCUUAACCUUGACCUAAAAAUAAGCUAAAGUGGUUGUUUUGUAAAGGGAGGCUCAGAUUUUCCGGUGGAGUUAAAGGAGUCCUGACUAGGAAGCUGAGCUAUGUGCUUCUGUAAAUGGGGUUGUGAGCCACAUGAAUGAAGUCGAACAUACAAAGAGGAAACAUGCUAUAUUUGAGAAAACUUUGUCUUCUGCUUUGAUUUUUGAGUGUACAACAGCUCCUUAGUCCAAAUUAUCCAUCCCAGAAAAGCUCUUAAAUUUUUUCUUAUUUGAAUCUCGCUCCUGCUGGCUAUACACCAAAAAACCUUAGAAGCAUGGACACAUUUCCAAAGCCAGAAUAAAAUCAUAAAAGUUCUGCUAAAGUUGGGGCACGCUCCCACGGUCUUGCUCAUUUUAUGAAAGCUUCUCAUAAAACGCAGUGCUGUUUUAAAGCAGCCUUUUUUCUUCAUGGUGUUUUGAUUAAAAUUGAACAUGUUUAAUAUUAACACAGGACUUCAGUCUUGCCUUCUGCAAGUUGUGUUGUUCAACAGUGUGAAUAAUAUGAACAAUCAAUAGGUUUACUCUCACCAGCACUGAACAGGCGGCUGCAAAGUAACAAAGCAAACAUGAGGAAGAGAAGAAAGAAUGAGCAGUUUUCUCAGACCGAGGGGAAAGGGGAGAAACUGGGGCGUUAAGGAGAAAGUGGGAAUGGCUCCUUGACUUAUCCUCCUAUUUGUACCACUGUGGAGAAGGAGAAAGAGGGGACAGAAAUUGCAGCAAUCCUCAAAAUACUCAGUGCCAGAGCUAGCUAGCUGACAAGCUAAUAACUUGACCAAUACCCCAAAAGGCCUAUAAAUCCAAUGUUCUCAGUCUUUGCAAACUCCAAA